CUGUUGUUGCUGGCAUGCUGUACUGGCACACAGUUAGGAGAAAAUGGCUUUAAGAGAUGGCCUCUUCCAGCAUAAUAUGAAUGAAGCUUAUCCAGCUGUACGCUCCCACAUAAUUAACUCACAGUCACUCACUCACAGUCACGUCAACAGCACAAGCCAUUAAUUAGAUCACAAGCCAUGUUGUAUGUGAUUCAAAUUCAUCACAGGCAAAAUGCACUGGCUUGUAACAUGAAUCUUUAUUUCUUGGUACUCAGACAGUAGUCACAAGAUCCCAUCUUCAAAUGUUUUUGGUUACCCUCACCACAGAUUAGCCAAAACAAAAAUAAUUUGUCAUUUUCAAAGUGACUUUUAGGAGCCAUAUGAUGACUGGAUUUCACCGCAGAACAAACCACAGUUAUUACACAAAAGUGUGGAUUCUGUUACCAAAUUACCUGACUUUUUGCAACUUAAGCAGCAAAACUAUGGAUGUCUGUUUGUGGACCAUGUAUUGUAGUUUUGACAACGAGCAAAAAGCCAUAAAGUAGCAGAUAAUGAUUGCUGCAAUGCAAUCCCAUUACCCAUUGGUGAUUAUCUAGACACUUUUUUUGCUUUUAUUUAUCUUUUCAAACAGAUAUCCACUUAUAUGUGUAGAAAACAAACACUUCCCACCUCUCUCUGCUACACAAAAGUGAGGCCAAAAUAUCCCAGUGAUUGGUGCUGACAUGUUGCACCGGUGACAGAGUCCAAGUCUACAGAGAUAAAAUCGACUGGUAAAGCUGCAGUAUUGGUGAAACCUGUCCUUAUUGUACUUUGUUAACCUGGUACAAAUGGUACUCUAGGAUCCAUAUUAAAGGUACAUUGUGUCUAAUUCAAUUAUAUUUAUCCAAAGAAAUGGAAUUGGUAUUGUGCAGAAGUAUGUUUAAAGCAGUUUUAAUGAAUGGAAUAUGACAAUUGUUUCAUUUCUAAUGACAUAAAAAAGUAUUUUAUAUUCACAAAGUGGCAGGUCCUCACUCCAGAGGCUGCUGUGUUUUCUAUGGUAGCCCAGAAUGCACAAACUAGUAGGAACUAGGCGUGUUUUGUUAAUUACGGGGAGGCUGUGUGAGGUAUGACAGUAAAGGAGUGGAGAUGAGAGUGAGAUCAGUCGUUGUUGUACAAAAAUGAAUUUAUAUUGGUAGAAGUUUUUUUUAAGGUUAAAUACCUGACACAUGGGGGAUCAUACUUAUCACAGAAAUGUGAAUCCAUAAGUGUGAGAGUUUUUGUCCAAGAAACAAAAGUAUGGAAAAGUAAAACUAGAUUAGGACAGCCAUUCAUAAAAAAAUUAAGCCUGAAUUAUCUCAGUUAGUGCUGCUUUCACAGAUACUGCGAAUGUUUUGUCAGAAAGACAGGAGUCAACGAUGAGUUGACGGUGCGCUUGUCUCUGACAGUAACACGCCUCAGUAUUUUGUAGUCUUUUCGGUCUGUAUACUCAUGGCAGCGUGGUGCUGAGGUGCCAAAAUGCUAGAAACAAUUCAACGAGACACUCCAUUUCCUUCAUUUUAACACAGGCAGCUUGCCACUCACAAUAAGCCAAAACUAUGACUUUAUCACAACUUUAUUCUCAUAACAUCAUGAAUUUAUUCUCACAAUACUAUGACUUGAUUUUCUCCUGGCUUUAUUCUUGCGAGAAAAGAGAAAAAAAUCUUGAAUUUUAAAAAUUUAGACAUAAAAUUCUGUUCUGUUGUAAGAAACAUUGUUUUUUGUUGCAUUGCUUUGUUGAUGUCAGCUUGUGUCGCCAAAACAAUGAAAGACUCAUAAUCGAUAUCUCAAUACCGAGCUAUUAACUGUGCUUAUGCAGAAAAAAUAACAAAAAUGACAGGAUGUCGGAGCUGGGAAUGACGUUACACCCGAGUUGACAGCGUUUCAGUAAACAAGUCGAAAAACCAAAAUGGACACCGACUGUUAGUCACUGUUAGCUGUUGCUUACAAUUAUCAGUUGUUGUUCGCCGUUGUCAGUUGUUGUUUGUUGUUAGCGAUACCAGUUGUAAACAGCACACAACAGUAUUUUACUCUUACAAACACCAUAGCACUGUGUUCACAGUUAGACGUUGGGCAGUACAACAUAUACCACUUAUUUAAUGAAAAAAACAGAAGUGUUAAUGAAUAAUACAUUACAGGAGCUUUCACUGUUACUCUUUACUGUUGAUGCACUGCGCUGCCAUCUUGGAUUAUGACGUUGUCGUCAAGUUGGGAUUGGUGAGCAUCAUUUGACUUUCUGAGUCAGAAAUCUGACUUCAGGGGGACGUUCCAGAUGAAUUUCCAACUCUGAGCUCGGAAAUCCCGACUUCCGAGUACAACUUGAACGCAGCAUAAAUACUGUAUCACUAAAAAUCUUCACUGUACACACUGCAUCUUUGAUCCACAGAGCUGCCCGUCUCUUAUUUAUGUAGCAUCAAAUAUCUGGCUAAAACUAAACUCCUUAGAAAAAUGAAUGAUAGGAUGUUAUUUAGUAUGAUACAAAAUAACUUUCAUGAAAGAAACCCUGUUGGAGGAAAAUGUAUUCGGUGUGUAUUUUAAUUUAAUAGUUUUUGCCAUGUCCAGUCUGUUCACAUGGAGAAGGCAGGCUUUAUGACUUAUGCUGCGUUCGAGUUACCUCAGAAGUCAGAUGUCCGAGCUGGGAAUGGUAUCACACCCGAGUUGCCAGCGUUUCAGUUACAAAGUCGGAAGAAAGCAAAAUCGGAGGCGGAAACAAGAUGGCUACAUUUACAAAUGUUAUUUUAGCGCUUGCUUUGUAUAUUCGGACAAGGCAAGCACUAAAAUAACUUGCGUGGAUCUCCGAGGUAACUCGAACGCAGCAUUAGACUGCAGCUGGUCAGUGGGAGAUGCUUCUUUAGGAGAGCUGGCAUGUUGUCUGUCAUUUUUUGCACUCGUGCUUAUUUUUGCAUAAUUACGACCUUAAGUAAGAGGAUGCAGAAAGGGAAAACAACUUCCAUGGCUGAAUCAAAGGUCUGAAAAUAUCAGAAGUCUCAAAUGCACACCUAUCUUGAUUGUUUAAUCCAUACAAAAAAAAUCAUUGGAGUUCACUGUGUUUCAAGUACUUCCCCUUGUGCACGGUGACUUACUCGAGGCUGUGGAAAGAAAGCAGCAACUGGAACAAUCUGCUCCAACAGCUGGUUAAUGUUGCUGACAGAUGAUCUAUGGUAUUCUGUAGGAAGUGACAUCACCUGGCACCAGUGACCAGCCAAUAGGAGAGAGCCAGACCCUUGUUUGAUGCCAGUAGAUGUCAUGUUUCGCACAUGUUUCAGUUUGGGACAAUGCAGGGUUGACUUAGAAAUGUAAUGAAUCUAUUAGUAUUGAUUAUAUCAGUAAGAAGUGGUUGUCCUGGGCUGAAAUUGGUACGAACAAAGAGACGUAUAAAGCCAAAUGUGGUAGUGGUGGCUUAAAGAUUUUUGUUGCUGCAGAUACCAUUUGGACACAGUAUUAAUUGCCUCUGCUGCGGGGAGGAAACCUCUAAGAGAGGAAGAGCAGAGUCCCUCAGUAAUAAGGGGGCUGUCGACAGGGUGUUACACUGAUCAUUUGGGGAGUUUACAGGGCUUGCAACAUUCCUCAGAGUUGGACCGAUGUUCAUGUCUUGCCCCACUCCCUUCAUCCCUCACGUACCUCUUUCUGGGCUGUCUUCGGGGGCUUUCCUACGGUGCCGGUCAUGUGUGCAGCUGGGGAUGGAGGCCGUGCAACUCUAAUCCUCCUCCCCGGCUCAGGAAAGUACCCUGCCUCCCUGUGCAGAACGAAAACAACAAAGAGCCGAGUGUGGCUGCAGCCUCCGGGGUUCAGUGCACCCACCAGAACAUGUCCAAGAGUCACAGCUUGCUGCUCCCUCCUACCCAUCUAUCCAUGCAUGACACUCCCUUCUCUCUCAGGCUUUCUCUCUUUGACCUCCUUUUCAACCUUUGAAAGACACGUAUGAUUGCUGACUGCAAUGUAAUGUGCUUCUGUUUUAUACAAGGGAUGGAGGAAGGUGAAAAGAGGUGACACAGAAGGGCACAAAGGAGGUAAAGAAAGUGGUCAAGGUGAUUUUUUUAUGGAGGCAGGAUCACCCAUUGUCAUUUUAAAUAAUUUGACAUGGCUUCAGUGAAAUGAGACCCUGAAAGGAAACAUAUUUAACAAAUAGAAACAAACCCAAAACCCUUGGCAAGAUCCCAAAAUGGAAUAGAACAAGAUACAGAAAACAACAUCCCUUAAACAAAAGCUUCAGAGAUGACAAAAUAACAUACAGAUAUAUGGUGCACUGUAGUGUUGUUACAUUUUGAUUAUUGCUUUUUUCAGUUUGAGACAUUUAAACUGUCUGUGAUGCUAGACAGUGAACUGGCUCUAAAAAGCUCUGAAAACAAUUUAGGAUUUUCUGGUGUAGUCACAGGACACAAAUAGCAAAAGUCCAGCCCAGCUCUUUGUUUUCCAUGUGAUGGUCAUGUAGUCCAACCAGAAAAUUAAAAAAGGAAAAUGUUUUUUUCUUUAUAGUGUACCUAUGACUGUGGCAAUAAGCUUAUGAAAAGUUAAACUACUGUUAUCAGACAGCUGAUGGGACGCUUUUUUGUUCUCAACACGAAUGUUUUUCCUGCUGGCACCAAAAUACUUCUUAAACAUAAUUUGUCAACACUUGCUGAACUACAAACAGACUACUAACAUCAGGUCAGGUCAGGGCCUGAACAGCUCUGAUCGCACAAAAUAUGGACUCUGCAAAACCUCUAAAGGUGUGCUGUAGUAUCUGGUACCUUGAUCAUGGUCGUCGAUCCCUCUGGUUUUGAAAGUUGGGAGGUGCAGUGUCCAUGGUUCGGACUUAGUUGUCCAACGCUUCCUACAGAUGCUUGACUGGACUGAGACCUGAGGAAUAUGGAGGCCAAAUUAACACCUUGGACUCCAUCUUCCUCUAUUACCCCUCUGCUAAAGUUCAUUGUAGGUUCUUUUUGAAGUGGACAGCAUAGGAUCCCUUACAGGUCUAUGUAGCCCCUUAUACAACAAACUAUGUGUUUUUAAACUUUCCUAUCAGAACCUGCAUUUACUUUGUCAGCAGUUUGAUCUCCAACACCUCUUCCAUUGGACCAUGUCUGGCCUCUUAACAUAGAAGAGGCACCAUUUAUGACUUGUGCUGCAGCCACUUAGUUGGAAGUGCCUUAAACCUAUUUUUUUGUUGUUGUUGUUUUUUUUAAAGGGAGUUGUGAGGUUGUUCAUCUUUGUUGUGGUCAAAAAUUUGCAAAAUUUGUGCUGAAGCCCUAAACUAAGUUUGGGGACAAGCAGCAACUUUUGGUGACAAAAAAAACAAAAUAAGUCAAAACAGAAAUAGAAAAAAAAAAUCUUUGAAAUGCCUACACAGAAAACCAGGUGUGCCACUGAUACUAGAUCCAUCCUUUACAGUCUAUGUAUAGUUAAGCGGCACUCCCAUGCUUGUGAACCCCUGUUCGUUUGUUAGUGAUAGUCGUGAUUUAAGAUGAGUCUUUCUGGUUUACAUCAAUGACACAGUUUGUUUGGUUAACAAAUGGCUCCAUCCAAUUAGACAAAUUACAGUCAAUCAUCAUUAGCCCUAAUCAUGCAUUAUUUGCAGGAUUCAUUUACCAUUACAGUGCUGAAUGCAGCCUGAUACUCUUAAGAAAUUAGUAAACAAAACAGAAAAGUCCUGAGUUAAUCUUGUGUUCAGCUGCAUGGCAAACAUCUUGGAAACUGCAGACUUGGCUGUAGCUCUUGUUUCCAUUGUGAGAUUUUUCUCAAAAAUGCAACCCAAUAAUAGUGAUAAGUACCGAUGGAGGCAGUGUGAUGUUUAAUGCAGCUGAAAGUACGGGUGUUGAGGCCAAGGGCGAGUCCAGUGUUUGACUUUACCACCAGUUUCACAUCACCUGUAAUUGUACCAACUGUUACACACCCCUAUUUAACCACAAACACCAUAUUUCCUAAAUUGUCACCAAGUAGCCGUAAUCAUGCCUGAACCUAUAUGUAAGAAAAAAAAAUGGCAGGGGAUCAGCCUGGGCACCAAUUCAGGGUGUGUUUUUUUCAUUUUUUCACUUAAAAGUUUGUUGUUAAAUUGAACUAACACCCAAAAGAGUGUUGCUUAUUCUUGUGAGUCUGAUUUGAAAAAUUAUUCAACUUUAGACUGAGGGGAUCAUACUGCAGAAAAAAAUAAAAAACAAAAAACAAAGAAUUAGCAAAAAAAUAGGUGUUGAAGGCAGGCGGCGAACAUGCAGAGGGACAUGUGGUACUGAGAGUAGUUUUUAAAGAAACAAUGGAUCAUUUCUUCAAAACCAUUGUUUGUUCUUCUCUGCAUAAUUUCCCCUUCACAUACUUAAGGCCACACUUCACUCAAAUUAGACAAGUCAUCACACCAGGUCAUGUUAUGUCAAGUUGUGUCGUGCUGUAUAGUAUCAUAUGGUUUGGGAUUUUAUCUUACUUUAAUAUACUGAAUUGUUUCAUAUCAUAGCUAGUAGUAUUGUGUUGUGCUAUCGUAUCGCACUGUAGGCCUACUGUAUUGUAUGAUAUCGUAUGGUAGUGUAUUGUAUCGUAUCUUAUCGAAUCAUAUUGUAUCGUAUCAUAUUACGAUAUAUUAUAUUCAUUCAUAUCAGAUUGAAUCAUCUCGUCUUGUAACGUAUCUUAUCGUAUUGUAUUGUAUCAAAUCAAUUCGUAUUGCAUCAUAUCAUAUCAUCUUGUCUUGUAUCGUAUCUUAUCGUAUCCUAUCUUAUCAUAUCAAAUCGCAUCAUAUCGUAUCGAAUCGUCUCGUAUCUUAUCGUAUUGUACUGUAGCGAAUCAUAUUAUAUCCAAUCAUAUUGUAUCAAAUCAUACACUAUCAAAUCAUCUUGUCUUGUAUCCUAUCUUAUCAUAUCAAAUCGCAUUAUAUCGUAUCGAAUCGUCUCGUAUCUUGUCGUAUUGUACUGUAGCGAAUCAUAUCAUAUUGUAUCACAUCAUAUCAUAUCAAAUCAUCUUGUCUUGUAUCGCAUCAUAUCGUAUCCUUUCUUUUCAUAUGAAAUCAUAUUGUAUCGAAUCAUCUCGUCUUGUAUUCUAUCAUAUUGUAUAGUAUCGUAUCGUCGCAUUUCGCCUCAUAUUGUCUCGUCUCGUACCAUAUUGUGUAGUAUCAUAUCGUAUUGUUGCUUUCCCAGGGCAAAAUGAUAUGGUCAAUAACAUUUAUUGACUUCAAAAAUCUAAUGUUUGAUAUAAUUUGUGGCUUGAUUUCACUUUUCAGAGUAAACAGACAUUUUUAAUGGUAAAAUAAGGAAUAUGUAAUAAAUAAUAACAUUUUAGUAUUUUUCCCUGCUCAAGUGGUGCAGCACUGUUUCUGAAUAUUAACCACACCUAUCUUUGGGAGAAUUUAAUUUUAAUUUGCAACAAUAAAUGUGUGACUAAGAAGAACACAGGCAAGUCAUCAUUUUAAUAAUUGACACUCACUCUUGCAUUUAGACUGAUGAAAUGUAAGUUUGUGAAUAUUAUUACUUGAAAUUGAAAAUUAAAACUGUCUUUCUUUUUCAAAGUGACAUCCCAUAAGUUCCCAUUUGCUUAGAAUAAAGCUGAUACAAAUGGACAAAAAUGGAAGUUUGCUCUGCCAUAUUCUGCAGUCAUUACGGUGCCACGAGGAGCCAAAAGAAAUAUAACAUUCAGGGCUUUCCAGUUAAAUGAAAAAAAUCUCAAUUAUAAGAUCAUUUCAAGUUUCUGCUUUCACAUAAUCCUGGGAAAGUACUGCAGAAACAUGUGUUUUUUGUUUUAAUUCAUUUUCGAAAGCUUGUACCCAGAUUUAAACGUGAUUCAACACGUGUAAGAACAUUUUUACCUGUGGGAACAACACAUUUGUGGUUGUUUUUAACUUUGUUGUUUACCAAGUGAGUGUCAUGUUUAUGAGGGCCAGAGCAUAUUUCUUUGCUGGAAGGUUGGUUGGCUACUGACAGAGUUGGUUGAACACUCUCUCUCUCUCUCUCUCUCUCUCUCUCUCUCUCUCUCUCUCUCUCUCCCUCUCUCUCUCUCACUCUCUCUCUUCAGCUGCCGCGAUAUUUUUCCAGCUCUGGAGCCUCCACCGCACAGCUCGAUCGAUUCGCAUUGAUUGUCCCUGACGAGCUGCUCCACUUUCUAGCCAAUGUCAGCCAGUCUGCGAUCGGGAAGGAGAGAAAUGAAGGAAAAUCUCUGCCGCCCUGGCGGUGUCAUUUCCACACACUUGGGUUGGCCGCCUGCCAGCAGACAGGCCGGUUGAAAGAGGUGGAGUGGACUCUGGGGCUGAGCUGAGAGGAGGAGUAACCAGCCACGAGGACCAUCUCUGUCAGCCUGGUAUAGUGGAUUUACACUCGGAGUGUACUCAUCGGUGAAUAUAUUUUACCAAUAUACAUCCCUUAUUGUGAAUGAGGACAUUUUUUUCUUACAAAAACACAUAAUUGUAUAAUAAUCUAAUAAAUAUAAAGUGUAAACAAUGCCAAAAUACAGGUUGGAUGUUACUUUUACGCACAUCUUAAUCAUAAAGCAGGGGCUAAUUCUGGAUUCAACUCUAUUAAAAUGGAAAAUAAACAUGUUAACAACAUUAAAUGGGAUCCAUUAGAGCUAUAGUUUAAUUAGGGAGAGUCCUAGUCGAUCAUUUCUCAAUCAUUCAUGUCAUUAAGUCAGACUUUAGUCCUGAACCGCCCCAGUUGUCCUGAACGGCCCUCUUGCGCGCCGCACCAAAAGUCCACUUCGGUUUUUCCGCGAAGCUCCAAAAAUCUAUGAAAUGUGUUUGCAUGUUCCUCUCUGCAAGCGGGGAUGUAGAGGUGGGAUUGCAAGGACCGAGAAAGCUGGGGGAACCCACGCGUUCAGCCUCAGAGAAAGUACGGCUUUUUCCCAAAUAACUGACGCUCUGUCAUUUUUUUCUCUCCACGUUUGUCAUUAACAGGCAGCCACUCUGUUGGAUUGUGUUCUCGAAGAAUCAGCUCCUUUUUUCCUGCUCUUUUCUUUUUUUUGUCACCAUUCUUGCACGGCAGGCUCAGAGACGGACCGCUCGGACUGUGGGAGCCCUCCCCUCUGCUCCGAUCUGCUUUGGUAGGUGCGAAUAAAAAUCGGGCCCGUGUUUGCAAAUAUGCAGAUAUAUGGAAGGGGAGGGAGGAGGUGUGGGGUGGAGGGGAUCAUACUUUGUUGAAGUCUCCCCAAAGUUGGGAUGUCAUCCUUACAUAGGAUCAAGUUAUAGCACAGGGGGGGACCGGGGUUGUUCUGUUACCUAUAUCAUCAUUUGUGCGACUGCAGCCCUUUGCUGGUACCGCAGAUAGGCUCCAGUCCUCAUAGAUCACCGGGUCCACACAAAAGAAACCCAUUUGGAUCUGCGAGACUCGUGGAAAAACAUCAUAAAAACGGGGUUCAAUUCGGUCAUGACAUGUAUUCUCGUGGAUAUCUGACAAGCUAGUCCCAGUUUGUUCCCAAAAACAAUCUUCAUUAUGCGCUUUAUUUGAGAAGUAGCCAUGGGCGCUGAUACGGAUCGGCACCACACUGAAGCACGAGCCCGUCGCUUUUCUGUGAAUCAGCUGUUAAUGAUGCGCGUCUAAACUUGACGCUUGCAGUCGGUGAGAGAAAAGAUCAGCGCGCCUGCCAGCCGGGUCAAGCUUACAUUUGACACUAGACUCUGAGAUUGUCACCCUUUCAGACUGAAACUUUUAUUCAACAUUGUCAGGUUAGUUUGCUUUCACAUUUUGCGCUUUCUCUUCAUCAUUAGAAAGUUGCACAGGUCUGGCUUUCACUUCCCGGAGAUCCACAGUCAACCCCCUGCAAUCCUCCAUUAGUAUCUCAGCUCCAACUGCUCCAUAUGUGCAUGAAUCAUCUAAAGUGACUGUAUGCUCUGCGCGCUUGUUUUUCUCCUAACUUUCUGUGUGCAUUGUCCCAAUUAAUCCGAAUAAGACGCAGCAGGUCUGGAGCCAUAGAUGAAUCAUUGAGUCUAAUUAUUGCCACCGUUUUUUUUCUCUCUCUGUGUGUGAGUGCGUGUGCGUGUCCGUGUGCACAGGAGGUUGGGAAUAGAGAAGCUCACGAGUAGACAGGUCCGCAGACAGCGCGUCUGGAGGGGAAAAGGGAGGGAGGGUGAGGAGGAGGAGGAGGAGGAGGUGGAGUGGGGGGGAGACGCUGCAUUUGCAUCGUGCAUCGCCUGAACUAAUGCAUUAAGUAUUCUCGCGUCUACUGAGGAGCAGUCAGCUGCUCCAGAGUUCUUGGUGGACCAAAUGCCUCACAACCCAUAAAGGAAGAAAGCAAUAUUUGCUCACCUCCCCUGUUGAAAAAAAAAGCAGGCUCCUAUUACCUGGCACCUGCGCACACUCUGACGUCACUGGGUGGAAGUUAUGGGGGGUGAAGGGACGUAUGACCACCAAGUUACUGUGAGGACUGAAUCAGUUUGGGAUUGUUUUUUUGUUUGUUUGUUUUUGCAGGAAUCCUAGGAAAACAUCACACAUUCAUGCCAAAUUCUCCUUUUUUUUUAGAGCUGGGCGAUAAAACGAUAUAUAUCGAAAAUUAAUUUCCCUCAAUAUCAAUAUUAAACACGGUCAAUAUGCUUUUUCGAUAGCCGGCAUUCUGCCAUGUUUUGGUAGACUAUAUGAAUACGCUUCUUGCUGAACCAAUCACGUGCUGAAUUAGAACCAAGUAGCAAACAACUGCGAAGUAUCAGACUGCAGCUACAAGCAACCAUAGCACUUUAACAGGUGAAGCCGACAGCACUGUCUGUGAGAAAAAAAGAAAAUGAGUGCUACCCCCGGCAGAAAUGUAGAUGAAGGCUCAACAGAUCAGUGUUGUUUUUGUCGACACCCCUUAUUUUCCACGAUGAAGACGUGAUGUUGACGAGCUAAACAUAAGUCUUAGAUGACUAAAAUGUGACGAGAUGAAUGUGCGUUUACGUUGAUGAGACAAGACUAGAAGAAAACGUUAGUGGUGGGCGACGAACAGAGUUGCUAAAUUCAUGAGCAUUUCGUCAUUCAAAUGUUAAACAUAUAUUCUGCAAUGUUGUUUUCGUUGACAAUGGCAUUGACAAAAUAUUUUUGUCAAUGUCAUCGUCAAAAAAAACAACACUGCAACAGAUGACGACAUUGUCGACAACACUGGCACGAAAACGUUGGUGGUGUGGAGGUAUUUUGGUUUUUUGAGGUCAGACAUGAAGCAGAGUAAUGUGCACUGCAAAUUAUUUUGAGUACAUGUCGUGAUAUAUCGUGAUAUACAUCGAUAUCGAUCAAUAUGAAAAAAAUGUAUCAUGAUAAACCUUUUCCUAUAUCGACCAGCCCUAAUUCUAAGUAAGAUUAUAACCCUGCGUCGCCUUAACAAUAGAAAAUAAACAAACACAUGACCCCUAAAGGCUUUACUCCAUCACCUAUUGAUCCCCUGAAACAGCCCACCACUCAUCCAUCAAUCAGCUGUCACUACUGUGCACUGACAUUAACCUCCUUUAGCGCUGUAGCACAACACUUGGCACAAAAAACUGACAUCUGAGAGGAUCAGUCCAAAUCAAAUCCAAACCAAACAUCAAUAACCUAUCCAUCGAAGGGAGCUGUAAAAGUUUAGAGCUACUAAUACCUGAGUGCUAAAUGUGGACGUUAAAUGAGCUGUUCAUACAAGUAUCACACUGCUGACAACACUCACCCUGCAGCGCUGUGGCUGUCAGGAAGCUCUCAUCAUGUGAAUUGGAGAGUGAGUACAGUAUAAUUUAUUGAAGUACCACUUUAUUCACCAAAUGUUUCAGCUUGAAAGUUUUAGUAAAUGUUUCUCACAGAAUGACACCCAUGCUUGAUUUUUAUAAGCCAUAUUUAGCCGAUAAUUUAGAUACUGAGACUCUGAUGCUUCUCUUUGACACACUCUUUGAUGUGCUCCAUGAACUUGAGCUGAACACACUCACUGUGUUUACAAAAGGUUUCUUAAUUAUGUUUAAUUGAAUUCUUGGCAAGUCUUACAGUUACAGUCAUAGUGUGUAGACUUAGUUGAAAUGGGAUUUAAUAUUCACAAGUAUGUUUAAAUUAGUGUUGAGUCAACUGAGUGUAAAAAUUGUUCUGUUUUUGUUAACUUUUUAUAUCUGCAUGAUGAACAGCUCCCUUUUUCAUCAAGGCUGCCUUUUUGUGCCACUGAAUUUCUACGGUGGCACAGAGUGGACAAACUUGUAACAUAAAUGUUAACGCAUUUAGAGAGUGGCUGUGCCAACUGCACCAGACAUUUUAUUGACAGAUGUAAGACGUUGAUAAGAGGCUCAUACUUAUCAUGCCUCACAGGAACGUCUUGUCUUAAAGGCCACCUUCUGUUUACUGAUGGUCAGGGUGAGCAAGGAUGUUAGUCUAAUAGAAUCUCACCACGACAUCUUGCUGAAUAUUUCCACGUCUACUUUUACUCGAUUAUUAGUAUACAAAGUUAAAUGUACUGCUAGCAGAAAGCUAAAGUGGUCAUUUACUGUUAAUUUUAUUUUCCAGGAACAACAACUUCCCAUUCAUUGUUGCCAGGCAACUGCCCCCCACCCCUGCUAUUUUCACACCUUAUUAUAUUGUACAGAUAAACAAUGAUUAUUGGAUGUGUUUAGAAGUGACCUUAAAAAGUGCUAACAAGGAGUAACUUUUGUUUUCACUUUGACGCAGGGUUGGGUAAUUUGAAUCCAGUCUUUGUGCGAAGUUAGGCUAACUGUCUCACGGUUAUAGCUCUUUAUGAAGUGAACGGAAAUCAACAUUGGUAGCUAGCUCUCAACAAAUAACCACAGUCCUUUCAAUGUCAAUUGUCAUGCUAAAAUUUAGUUUUUGUUAAGGUCUAUAAUUAGGAGAUGCAUGUUUCAUAAAAACUCUUGUUUUCAUAAACAGAAAAUAAAAAUAGGCCAAUGUGACGCGUCUAUUUUCCAGACAGUGGUUUGGUUGCAGAGACAGAAACACUGAAAAGCUCUGAAAGGAUCAGGACAUUUUUCUGCUGGGCUGGAAUAUCAGGAUGAAAUCACCACAUUUCACACUCACAUGACUGUGUGAGAAAAAAAGGUCCCCUUUUAGGUCUGCAUUUUAUGAGGCUGUUUGAUCCAAAUGUGGCGCACAUGCUCGAUGACACAGCAGCAGCCCAAUUACAUGCCUAAAGUGAACAAAAUAAGACUUUCAGAUUUUAAAUUUCAAAACAAAAUCAUCAAAUCCUGUGAUUUUUUUUUUUUUUAAGUAACCGCAUCUAAAAAUCUUUGGCUGUGGAUCUAAACUGCUGUUGACAGAGUUUCCAUUAAGUCACUGGGUGGACACUAGUCUGCUGAUUCAUCAAAACAAGCUCAAGAUUUUCACUAAAUGUGUUUACUGUAUUAACUGCACCAUUUAUACUCAGAUUAACAACGUUUAUCUAACAUUUCUACAUUUUAGCGCCCACACUGAAUGACUGUUUGACUAUUUAAGCUUGAAAAGUUCAGCGCUCAGACUGACUGUCCUUAAGGUAUAACAAUAAACACAAUGGCUUCACAUUUUGUCAAUCAGAAAUUAAUUAAAAGCAAAAUACAAACACCAUGAUCAUCCCUGGAACUCCUAGAAUUAACCAGUUACUUUUUAAAAUCAAGAGGCAACGAAUUAUGUUUCAUUGAUAUGGUCAUUUCUGGUAAAUUAAAAAAAAAACCUAAUAGCCAUAAUCAUUAUAGUUUUCUGACUUUGCUCUCCUUACUGUUGAAAGAGUUUAUGUUUGGCUGAAAGGCAGGAAAGACUCAGUUCAAAUGUAAGGGGUGGCUGAUGUUUACAUCUGUUAUUCUGCUGAGACAGCAUAAAUUGCAUGGAUUUUGUCUCAUACAGAAUGAGCUCCACUACAGUCAAGCAAAAUACAGGCUUUUUUCACAGAGACCAGAUUUCUAAUGCUUUCAUAUAACCACCACAAUAACUCUACAUCACAGGAAGUGAAGUAAUGCUAAACAAGAGCAGCAUGGCACCGACACUCAGCUGGGGUGCAGGAGGCAGUUCAUGUGAGGACACAAACCGUCUGUAAAUUAUGUGGUGAGGGGAUUUGAAGAGCCAUGACACGGGAAGUCGAGGAGGGUGAUUAGCCAGUGAAUAUAUGCCGGACUCGGGGUUGAUGAGGAUAGAAAGUGUGACGGAUAGGUCAGGAGGAUGGAGGACAGAUGUGCACUAAUGCAGCAGAGGGGGGUGAGUGUGAGGAUGAAACAGGUGUAUCGGAGAUGGACCAAUGUACACCAGUUUUUGCUGCUGUAGCUGUUAAAAUGUCAAUGUGCACACAUGUUGAGGAUAUUCAUAAGUAUGUACAAAACCAUGUAAAGUGGUUAAACUAUAUCUAAUUAUAGGAAGCUGUUUGUCUUUUGAAUUGAAGCUAGGGUGUGAAAGUAUUAUCUAAUUUUUCCACUAUAGUUCAGAAAAGCUUGUUUACAUCACCAUUGCAUAUGAAUCACUGACAAGUGUGAAGACUACCAAAGCAGCCCCGCUCAGUAUCUGGCAAGUCAUACUGUUGUGUUAACAAAACAGCUUACAUAAAAUGUCCCAUCAUCUGUCAAAUAUUUUCAUUUCAUUAAAAAAAAAUGUAAAUCAGAUGCUCAAAAGUGAGCACAUCUAGAAGCACAAUGUGAUGUGUGUUUUACUUUUUUAUUUUCUUCUGGUAGGUUGUUGAAUAUGAAGUAAACAACAAGUAAACAAAUUCUUGACAAUAACACUGUAACAGUUUUAUAGCAUGUACACCGCACAUUCAUUGACUUUGCUUAAAAUAAAUACAGGACAGUUGUAGAGUCAGUGAUGAAUAUCCAAGUGCAGCAAAACUCAGCAUUGUGUCACACAUAAACAAAAACACCAAAUGUUUAACCAUGAAAAGCUUUUUAUGGCUUUUUAUGACCCCAGUGUGAAACAGAGUGGUCUUGUCUCACUUUGAUGGGAUUUUAAUAUGCAUAAUCACCUGUUCACUCUACACUAGCCUACUUAUUACCCUGAUAACAACUAAAGACAUAAACAAGCUGACACUAAAUAUUGAUUUAAAGAGGAUUUCAUUGGUUUUAAAGUAAUUGUUGAGAACUACCCCCUGUCAGCUGUGUUUCUAUGACAACAGAAUCUUAUUAGCCCCUCUAUGUGACAAAUCAACAUGAAAAUAAACAUUUUAAUUCACUGUCAAAUCAAAACAAUUACAUGCUUGAUUUUUAUUGUUCACAUUCCAUUGAAGAUAAUUUUAGACUCAGUUGGGACUUCUGCAGGAAUUAUUUUAUUGAUAUUUCUGUCCUCAUUCAGCUCCAUCUCUGAGCUUUGCAGUUAAAACACCUUAAAACACAAGUGAAGCAAACUUUAAAUAAAGUUGCUAUUAUCACCACUGCUAAAACUUUGAUUUAAGAUAUACUGACCAGCUCUGCUGGUGUCUCUUGUUGUUGAAAAUAAGUCACAGUUUGAUUUGGAUUUUUGACCAAUCAGAACCAAGUACUUAUGCUGCGUUCGAGUUACUUGGAAAUCAGAUGCCGGAGCUGAAAAUGACGUCACACCCGAGUUACCAGCAUUUCAGUUACCAAGUCAGAAAAAAGCGAAAUCGGAGGCGGAAACAAGAUGGCUGAAUCUACGAAAGUUAUUUGAGCGCCCACCUUGUCCGAAUAUAUCAAGGACAAGGCAAGCGCUAAAAUUCUUUUUUUUUUUUAGCUCCGACAUCUGAUUUCCAAGGUAACUCGAAUGCAGCAUUAAUAAAGCCAGGUAAUUAGAAAGAAAGCCAGGUGAGAGGAGGUGAUUCCAACCAGGCUUUUUUGUCACUGCAGGUGUUUGGGUUCACACUUUGACUGAAUCACAUGAUCAACAGUUGAAUGAGAUCCAAAAGCUGCAGUCAGUUUAUAUAGGAUCCUUUCUAUGGUGAUUAUCAACAUUUUUAACACCAAUUGUUGAUUAAUGCAGUUUUUUUUUUUUGUUUCUUUAAACCUUUGGGAUCAUCUACAGCUCCUGUGAGGACUGUCAUUUUACAGCCAAUAAGUGAAACUUCUGAAACUCUUUCCAGAAGUUAUGACUGCCAACUCAUGCGCUUUGUAGCCGACAUGACAGGUCAUUUUUCUGGCUAUCGAUAAUGGGCUGUGUCAUUAAUUAUUUGGAGUGCUCAGAUCUAUUAGCACAUUUACUGUAUUUGGAGCAUUGAUAAAGCACUUAGAUCAGAGCUUGGUAUUCCUUCAAGCCACGAAUAAUCAACAAAGUGUGCUUCCAUUCAAGUAGAUAUCUGGAUUACCUUUUGGACAUGCUAAACUGUUGUGAAGUUCAGUUGGGACAUUUUGAAAAUUAGACUGCCAUUAUUAAAAACAUUAAAAUAUUCAUAGAUGAUCAAUAGCAGCGUGAUCCAGCAGACCACAAACUCCCUGAUGCAUUCCUCCUGAUUUGCCAUGCUGUUAUACGCUCAACCACAGCAGAGCAGAGCAGAGCAGAGAUGCAGCUAGUCUGAGAUGCUUUAGGGAACCAGAGCCUGGUCAGUGCUGCAGCAGGAGAAACUGAAACUACAGGGCUGAGGGGCUGUGGAGCUGGCUCUGGUUCGCUGGCGCCACAUCCCCCUGAGCUGGUGAGAAUGUGGGGGCUGUGCUCUUGCCUUUGAAGCUUUACCUCCCACUAAUUCUGGCCUUCCAAUUUCCACACAGUGCACAGACACCCCCCUCCAUCCUCUUCCCCUCCCUCUCCCUUUGUUUCCCUUAUAAGGACUAGCCCGGCCAUUUCCUCAGCGUUUCUGUGGGAGGUGGUGGGCUUGUUUGUGAGCACGGACAGGUCAGGAGAAUCGCAGCAGAGUUUUUCUUUUCAUAGAUGAGCGGUCACAGGAAUCUUACGCUAAAAGCCACUGGAUGGAUGCAUCUGAGUCCAGUGGGGAGUCCAUCCUUUUCACAAGCCCUACCACCGACUUUGAUAGAAUAAUUUUCAAAAUUAUUGCUCUCUUGGAAAGUCAAAAAAUGAAAAUAAUUUCUGGAGAAAAAGUUAAGUGAUAGAAUAAAAUCACAGCAUUAAAUAGAAAUCCAAAGUGGGUUAAAUGAUAACCAAUUUCCUUUGUUUUGCUUCUGGGUUCCAUUUAUAUCAGCUUGAUGUGUGAAGAAGUCAAUUAAGGGACAAAUAUAUCUUUACUCACAUAUUAUACUAUAAAUCAUAUGCUUGGAUCAAUGAGUAUGUAAUUGCAAGUCAACAAAACUUAACUGCACUAAUAAAGCAUCAACUCUCCAUCAAAUUAAUCUGAAAAAGGCCUCUAAAGAUGAAACUAAAUGAUGAAAACAUACAUUUUAGAUCAUAACUGUGUUCGUCACUUUGACUGAACAAUCAGAGGGUCUUAGAAAUGUUCACCUGGGUUUCAUUUUCAAUCAGAUCAUGAAAGUUAAGAGAGACACUGCCCCUCGACACCAUAGUGUCAGUGUAAAGUACAUUAACAUUAAGGUGAUGAUAUAAUAAUGCUGCUUUGAUGACUUGUUUCUUUAUUCAUGUUUAGUGCCUGAAUUUGUCACUGAGUUGAUCGUUGAUGAGUAAUUUACCUCUCUCCUCUUACUCUGUGAAGUUUCCAGAUGGCCCAGAGGAGAGCGUGGAUGAGACCUGAGCUGUAGCGGGGCAGAAGGCUCUGGGGCCUGUCUGUUGUUGGCUGGUUGAUUCGUCCAUCGAGGUGAGGAACCACUCUCACCGAGGGAAGAGAACAGACCAGGAACAGGUCUUCUCUCCCCCUCCUCGCUCACCCCUGCCCCCUUUCCACCCUCACCCCCAACCCAGGCACGUACUCUCUGGACCAUGUCUAGCGAGCUGCCGGAGGGGGGCCGGACAGAGGACCAGGAGCGGCGCAGCAGUAAACAGGACUCUCCUGUGAUAGAGCGGAGGAACCGCAGUGGCAUCAUCAGCGAGCCCCUCAGUAAGAGCCUUAAGAACUCACGCACCCUCUCCCAGUACACAGCCGUCUCCUCGGCCAACACCAAUGGACACACGGACAAUAGUGAGGCGAAGAGCCACUCGGCCAAGCCUCAGUCUCCCCCACAGCCCCAGCCCACUGUCUCCGCACUGGCAGCGGCCAAGUUGGACCGGACCCUUGAACAGGUUCUGGAGGGACAGAAUGGCCUGCUGCACUUUGCCCAGGCAGCAGCGCUGUUGAAACGGGCCGGUAUGGAGCACAUGCUCCUGCCCGGGGGCAUGGGAGUGGGAGUUGGCGGCGGAGACGCAGGCUCGGGGGCUAGCGACUUGGAGGGUACGUCUGUCACGGACGCCGUAGGUGCUCCCGUUGACUUCCCAUAUGGAGUAGGGGGUGGUUUCCCCUUCAACCCGGGGCUUUUCAUCAUGACGCCGGCCGGAGUGUUUCUGGCGGACAGCGCGCUGCACAUGGCCGGCCUGGCCGAGUACCCAGCACAGAGCGAGCUGGCCUCAGCUAUCAACUCCGGGAAAAAGAAGCGAAAACGUUGCGGCAUGUGCCCACCUUGCCGACGGCGGAUUAACUGCGAGCAGUGCAGCAGCUGCCGGAACCGCAAAACGGGCCAUCAGAUCUGCAAGUUUCGCAAAUGUGAGGAACUAAAGAAAAAGCCUUCUGCUGCUCUGGAGGUAAGACAGAGGUGGUGGUGAAAAGAGUUUUGACUUCUAAUUCUAUGCAGUAUGUGUUAAGAAGUGUUUUAAAGCAGGUGUAAGCACAUAUUGGCAGGUCUGUUUAAUAUUACACUUCAGUAGUUUCCAACUUUAAAUGUUUCGAGCCUCCGCAAAAAUAAAUCCAUUAGAAACCAAAGUAUAUCUGAAUCGUAAAGAAACAGAAUUUGUGUGCCUCUAAAAAAUAUUUUACACUCCACAUAACAAGUAAGAACCUCUGAAAGUAAUGUUGUUUUUUUAUCGUGUGCCUUUUUUCAGACUUAAAAACCAUCAGUGACUAGAAAGCCUCUACAAAACAGUGCAGUGACAGAUGACUUAUUUCCUGAGUACCUAAUCUAUGACCCAGAAGAGUAACCAGAGAAUUAAGCUUUUAAACGAAAUCAUUGUCAUCUCUCUGCGGCAUAAAUAAACAUAGAAGAGCGGGCAAACUUCACAAACUAAAUUCAGCCUCAUACAUGCAAACACGGAAAAGAUAUUUUGGUUCCUACCUCAGUGCUUUUCUUCUAAUGGAGAGGGAGGUAGAUUGGGGGGUUCUGUUAGGGGCCAUGUCUCCACACACAGGGCAAUGACAGGUGGUGUGUAUGUGUGCAGGGUAAGCAGUGCACCAUGGGGUCUUCUUAAUCUUUCCACCAGAACCAUACGUUCACCAAUCCCUCAGCUGAGAGGUCAGUUCACUGGCUUUACACACAAUUGUUUAUGUUUGUUGUGCAGUGAGCUUCAGUGGAGAGUUUCCUGUUUAGUCACAUGUUCGUUCUCCAUGUGCUUCUGCAUAUGUCGCCAUCGUAACUGAAAAAGUGUGUGUAGGCAGAGUGGCAGUAAAUGUGAAUAUGUGUGCUGUAUGUGUUUGUGCGCACGUGUGUGUGUAUGUAUGUAACAAGGUCCAUCUGGCCUCUGAGCUGUCAUCUGGAGCACCAGGUGUCAGUGUGGCACACGCGCCCCCUUUAGCUGCCGCUGCCCUUCUCUCGGUGACACUCCUGCUCAUCGAAAUGGCCCUCCAAACUUCUCGUCUCCUACCUCACACACACACACACACACACACACACACACACACACACACACACACACACACACACACACACACACACACACACACAGGGGUCUAACUAACCGCUGCUAUAAUCAGGAAACCCCUUCAGCAGACACUGUCAAAAUUAAGAAUAAAAAAAAAUGGAGAUAAAUGGCUAAUAGUGUCAUUUUGGUGUGAGUUAAUAAAUUAAUAAAUAUGUAACACAGUGUGAACCUUAACGCGCUGUGAGGCCUCUGGUCUAAUUGACACAAACUGGACAUGUGCUUCAAACUGCUAAUGGCUUUACUUCUUCCUCUCUCUGAUGCUGAUUGAGGGUGACAGCUUGGCCUCUUGUUUGGAGGCUGAAAUGUUGGUCGGUCAAUCCCCAUGUGCUGACUUUGGCCAUCCACAGCGAGAUGCUCCUUAGAGGGACGGAUGGGUUGUUAUAGAAUUUUCAGGGUUACAAAUGGAGGAAGAAGUAGAGCCACAGCGUUUUGGACGUUAAACUCACCAAGCAUGGCGUAGUUGUUUAUGAAAGUCAACCACUGAUUGGGCACAAGAAUUUGCCACAACUUGCUUCAAUGAAAUGGUUUAUAGGUUCUUAACCAUACAUAAAAUUUUUACUUUAUUACAAACAGGAUGGCUCUUUUACUCCAUGCCACUGACUGUGUGAACCUGGACUGAUUGUACGGGACCUGUUGGACGUGUAGAAAAAACAUUAUAGUCUAACAAAUCCUGUUGGUGUUGGUGUCAUGUUGGAGAUUUACAUGAACAAUGAAGUUACAAUGCUGUGUGUCGUGUAAAAAUGCACACUGCACUUCUUUAACUGAGGGAACACACUUCCUGACUCUGAAAUCACUACAGGUUUCAAACAGACUCAAAGGUACCUGCAGCACAGCCACUUGUAGGCUGAUGUUAUUGUUAGCUUGCUAUUUUACUUGGUGGCUCUUUUAACAUAAUCCAACAUGCUGCACUGCUAUUGCUCACAAAUACUGUUUAAAGUCUGAGAGCAAAACUAUUUCUUUUUUGCUAGGUUUGGAAAAUUGUCCUUUUCCGCCUCCCAUAGACAUGACAGCUGAGUCUGUUUUAAAGGGAUAUUCCGGCGUAAAAUUAAUUUAAUAACUCUUCCAGCAGCCGCUUGUUUGUAGCAAGACCUUGGGCCAGUCCAUUAUGGACUGCAGCGGGGUGACGCAGCUCAAGGAAGAACAUUUAUGAUCAUUUCCUCAUGGAGAUGCAAUCAGACCGAGACACUAGGACAGAAGAACUAUUGCAGGUUAUGUUUAGUCUCUUUUUAGGCAAAGCUACAACGAAGUUUGGUGGGUAGUGCUGUGGCUGGGUCCCUAUAUGUUCUGUUGAUGAAGUUAGGUGCUGUUCUGAGCAUUGUUUGUGGCUAUAGAGUGGCUUUUUGGUUGAGGUUUGUGUGUGGCUCCUCAGACCACUGUGUAUUGCUAUCCUGUGGUCGUUACUGAAGUUGGUAUAACUAGUGAAGCAAGCGGUCGGUAACAUUCAUCUCUCGAGGGGGGGUCUUCCUCGGUUUUACGGUGUGUUUGACCCAAAAUUAAUUGUACCCCUGAAUAUCCCUUUAACUUGCUCUGUGUUCUGUCUUUUUUCUCGUUUUUUUCAGGUGUUUUUACAAAGGAAGUAUGAAAACAAUUGAUCGAGUUCAUGAUGUACAGACCUCGGGCAGUUUUUGUUGACAAAGUUCACAUCAGAGAUUCUGUCCCCUUUAAUUUUGAUUGGUUGAUGAGGAAAAUGCAACACUCUGUAUGUUAACAUACUCAGUUAAGUCAGACUAUGGUUAUAACUCUAUCAGGUGAUUUAACUGGACUACUGUCCUUGUCCCAGUGUACAAGCAGCUGGCGAGAAUCAAGUUAUUGACAGAUGCAUGUCUGCCUCCACUAUGAUAUGUGGUAAUGUUUCCUCUUUUAGCUUCUUGGUGUUGGGUCUUCUCCCAGUUGGGGCAUUAUGUAUCAAACCAGUCAGCAAAAUGCAGUAGCAAGAGGCUCAGAGGAUGUAUGUCAAACAAUUUAAACACAGUCACUUUUACAGCUCUUUACCAUUUGUGUGUUUGUUUGUACAGUUCGAAAGUUUUGUAUUUUUUACGUCCUAUCUUCACCUAUCAAUGUUUCACUGGCUACCUGGCCUCCAAGAAUCGCAUCCGUACUGUUCAUCUUCCGGCUCACAGCGUCUGAAUACUGCAGCAUGAGCAAAAUACAUGGAAGAAAAAAUUGACCCCCAGCUGCAUUAUCCUGGUAUGUUAGUCUGACUAUGAGAAGUUCGGUUUAGUUGUUGUUUAAAAGUCCUGUUUCAGUCAGACUAAGGCAACAAAUGUACUUUUUGGACAAGUAAAUGUAUUGAUCGACAAGCACAGCGUUAAUUCAACAGCUGAACUGUUUUUUAACAGAGAGUGCAGGACAUAAACAAAGCCGACUACACCAGUGUUUUUUGCACUGGGACACUGACCGCUAAAAGUGCAAAACUACACAAGAUUGUGCUGAAAUUAGGAGCAAAAAUAAAAAAGGAUGAACAACUACAUGUAGGAUUACCCAAUGAAAUCAGUUUUCUAUUUUAUUUAUCAUUAUUUUAACCAUGAUCAUGAUUUUCUAGUCUUUUCCACAUCGUAAUCCUUUUACCUGAUGCACAGUAGGGUGCUCGAACAAAAUUAAACCUACACUAUGAUGUCAGUCAUCAUGUCUUAAAGCUUAUUUUCUUACCUGCAACAUCAGACCACCAGUACUGACAACUGUCAUAUAAGACAGCUCUAGUCUAAAAGUUAUUUGUCACUGUUUUUGAGAGCCAAAGCAAAUACUGCAGCCAGUAGAGGAAACCCUCAAACAUGCUGCUCUGACAGUUAGUUACUUCUCUUUUAUGGUGUCGUUUUAUUUGGAGGGCUUGUUGGCUUGUGUCAGGAAAUCCAUCACAGUGAAACACCAGUCUGGUUUUUCCACUGUUGUCUUGUAUGACAGGUGAAAGCAAAGAUUGAGGUGAAAAGUCCGCUUUCAUUACACAAAGGAAUAUGCACUUUGACAAUCUCACUAUUUCUUCUAUGAGCAAAUCAGACUGAAAUUCCUUCAAAUGUAGAUCAUAGAAAAUCAUCUAAAUCAUGUUAACACUUCAAAAAGCAUGUAUAUACUGUUUGUAUUGGAGGUAAUAAGAGCUUAAAUCAAGUGAAAUUUAAGGACUGUAUGGUUGUCACCACGGUUCCUUCGAACAAAAGAAAAACUGACUGUUAAGAAUCAGACUGAUGUGUCUGAAUAUCAGCCUGUUGUUUUUUUAGUGUUGCAUUGUUCAGUUAUAAUUAAUGAGCGGCUUCUUUUGUCUCUGUUGAUGAUUAACUGAAUGGUGUAAUGUGGCAGCUCUCUAUGUAGGUGGUAUGACUCAAUGUCUGCAACAGAAAAGGAAUUUAAUGUGAAUUUAUGAUUUGCAUUUGAUGUUGUCGUGGCACUUAGCCUAAUACCAGUUGUUCACACCAACCAUGCCAAACCCGAGGGGGCUUGAAUAUUCAUGAGUGUUGAUGUUGAUGUAGGUCAUCAUGCUGUUUGUAACGUCACGGGCUGAUGGUGUCGCUGAUGGCCACCAAACAUGGGAGGAACUUCAGGGUAACAUAAGCCUGCAUAGUCCUCCAAAUUCUGAUUCUAGCAAACCAAUUGUUGACUUCAGUUAUUGGUCGAACUAUUGUCAAAAUAUACAGAAUAUCCUUUUUUUAUUUUUAUUUUACUCCUGUCAUCUACAAAUAUGUACCACUCAAUCAUGUUAUGAUCAGUCUCUCAGACUAUCCCUCCUUUUCAGACCAGAAAUGAGGAUGAGACAAAUUCUGGGUUGAUUCUGGACGUUCUGGUUCUGAAGGAGGUCCAAAUUUAGGUGUUAUUGACUUGGUCCAAACCUGCAUUUUACCGCCAUGAAGGCAGUCCAAUCACUAAAAUGAAUGGAUGAAAAUACAAGAGCGGGGGUCUUAAUUAAAGCCAUAUCAGAUGCAAUGCAGAGGAGCUGUUAUGUGAUUUUUGGAUAUAUAAAAAAACACUGAAAUAAUAAAGAUUUAUUUCAAGUUGAAUAUAUUUAAAGAUAUAUACAAAGGAGGACAAAUAGUCACGACUGAAAAUACACUGACUGGGGCUAAGGCAUACUAAAACCACUCUUUGCGAUCAGCGCCGCAGGUGUGACCUCAGUCCCACAACGUUAUCAGCCAGGUCCCUUCUGCACCUUUCUUGGCUGCACCAUCCCAAUAUGUCAGCACCCAUGGAGGAGGUCUUUUGGCUUAAUAUCUCACUAUAGGCAGAAACGAGGCAGUGUUGUCCAUUCUACUCUACAUAAAAUCAAUGGUUAUAUUGAACAGUUGUAUAAAAGGUCUCUGGCAUCAAAAUUACCAUGGCAAAAGCAGGAAACAUUCCUGCCAAAUCUACCCACUGGAGGCAUGAAUCAAACAAUAUAGAACUCACUAAAUCAUGUAAUCUUGGUAAUAUUCAAAUAAUGUCACUUUUUUAAUUGAAUGGACUUACAGCAUCAUCCACAACCUCAAUAUAAGAGCACUCCUCACUUGCACUUAUUGUUUCUAGUUUAGGAUGGUUGUCCUGUGAUUCUGUUUUAAUUUUUCCAAAAUUCUGCUCUUUUAAUUUUAAUUCUAUUAUGUUCUGUAUUUUACAAUUUAACCACAUUUUGUCACAUAAAAAGUGCCUGAUAGUUGAAUGAGGUGCCAACAAUUCAAUUGGAAAAUAUAUAUCACUCCUGUGAGAAAUCGAUGUGAUCGUUAUAAUGGAUCUCAGCUGAGGUCUGACUGUACUGGGACUUAUGUCCUAAUGAACCAGUGAUGAUCUCUUGUGUCAGCUGUUCCAUUGACAUCUUCUGACAUUUUUUACCCAUGGAUCCUCUGUGAGACAGCCUCCUUAUGCUGCUCAAACACAGGGGAUGAGUGAGUCUGACAUACUCUCAUGACUCCUCCAUGUUUAAAAUACAGCUACAGAGUCUUCAGUGUACUUACAUUUCUUCUUCUGCUGAUGUGUUUGCAUGAGGGAGAGUUUGCCAAGUUAUGGACUCCUGCUAGCUAGCUCGCUGCCUCUCCUUGUUUUUGAGGAGUUUUUGAUUCAUUGCAUGUAUUCUUGUGGUUCAGACCCUCUGAGCAUUUUUUGGUCCAAAAGAGGUCUAAUAGACAUCUAAAUGUGGCCUAGACGACUGGUCUAAGUUCAGGCUACCACAGGUCUAAAAAUGAAAGUUUUUUUAGACGUCUAAAUUUAGACCAAGUUUAGACCAAGUCUAAAUCUGGGCUACUGUAUAUCUAUACUACACUGUAUAUUGCUCAACAGCUCUCAUAAUUAUUUUGGUUAAGUCCUUGGAGAUCAAUUUUGCAACUCACAGUUGCUUUUUGAACUAAAUAGUUAUCGAAUAAUGGGUUAAAGUGCAACGUCUAAAUUCCGAUUAACAGUAUACAGAAUCUAGACGGUUGAAAUUAGGUCUAAAAAAAACUAGACGUCCAAUGGCCGUCUAUUGCUCAGUGGAGAGAAUGUUUUGAUAUGAACUCAGUACUUAGCGUCAUGUUUCUUUAUAGAGGUUGACCAAUACAGUUUUUUUGGAGCCGAUACAGUGACUUCUGACACUGAUAACUAAUAUUUGGCAGUGAAAAAAUGAUCAUAAUUGGCCAAAUACUGAAUAUUGGCCCCAAUAGUUGGCUAAGGCUGAGAAUCGGCCCACCCCUAUUUCUUUUUUUUUUUUUGAUGACUUAGAAAUCUGAGGUGUCCUCUUUACAAUGGCUUUCCAUGAAAGAAGACUUUAGCCCCACCUGAGAUGAGAGCAGGUCAGGUUGAUAGGAGCUGCAGUGGCCAAAAUAUGGAAGAGACACUUGACAUAGUUUUUAUCUGUUCAUUCAGGCACUGUGAAAAACACUUAAGGUGUGAUUCACAAAAGGACUGCAUGGCUUUUGCGCUCGCCAUACCUGUGAAAAGAGUCAAACUGCAUAACAGAAAGCCAGACCUUUGUGGGUGUUUUUGUGCUUGAAUAUCAUUACAGCUGUUUUCCUUUGGAAUUAGACAUUGAGACAGAGCAAAGGCCGGGGGCAAAUGAUGCACAUUUCUUGGUGCUCUUAGCAGUUAGUGUCCAUCCAUGGUGAAUCAGGCACUUAGAUUUGAGAUGUCAUUGUCUGCUUCCCACACUGCAGAAAUCAUACAGCCUUACUUGAUAAAAAAAAACACCGUCUGAGCAGAUGAACCUGACUCCUCACUUUGAACCCGGAAAACAUCUGGGAUCCCGUUCUGAGGCUCCUCUCCCACUAACCAAAUGUCCCAAAAGAGUUUGUUUGUGUUACUUGACAUGAGUAAAAGUAUGACUGGGGGAUGAUGCCGAGGACGUAUCAGACAUAUCCAUAAUGUUUAGCUUAUAAUGCAAAGUCAUAGUUUUAUCAAGCUUGUAAGGCUGUAAUGGCUACUGCAGUCUGGCAGAGUCAGCUUUAAUUGUAGUGAUGGGGUCAUUUGUGGCCCAGAUUUCCUGGUGACGUCCCUGAUUUCAUCUCUUUACCUUGCCAUACUAUACUUCUUCCAUUUGGCAGUAUAUUUUUUGUUAUUAAAGUUCAUAAUUUCUUUGCAUACUCACUAAAGAUAAGUACCCCAUUCUGCCAGGUGUCAUAUAACCUGAACUUUCCUUUUAUUACUUCAUUUUCUUGGAUUUCCAAUGAGAAUGCUGUUCCCUUUCAAUCAGGAAAACCACUGAGAAAGGUUGUGCAACCUGUUACUACUUUGCCCCCAAAUGUGAUUUUCUCUGUAUCAAGUUUCUGCUCCUGAAGCGAGCUCUGACAGUACCACAGCAUUACCCAUUUUGCCCCUGCUUUUUAUUUGUCCUUGUGUGCUCAUACAUUUCCCAUUAGCAGUGUAGUAGUUGUCUCAGAUGGCUUUGUGAUUAAGUCAACAGCUCUUGUUCAGCAGGUGAUUAGAUCAGAGAAUACAGCCUGGGCGGCAGCGUCAGUGAGCGGGAUGUCAUCAGGAAAUGUCAAAUGUCUGUGGAGGAGUUUUAUGGAGGAUGUGCUGCGUCAGGAGUAAGGUAGCCGAUCAGGCAGACAGCAGUCAGUCAGAUACGUAUGUGGUUUUAUUUUAGCAAAUAUGUGAGGAAACGUCCUACUUUCUUUAUGUUUAUCCAAGUCAGGUUGGCCAUUAAUGAUCCUAUCCAAACAUGUGUCUUUUGGAGAGGUUGUCUGCUGAUUAAGACUUCUUUUUUCUCGUCUAUAUGCACUCACAUUUAAGUAAAAAAAGACCAGCUGGCAUGUCCUCCCUUUGUUUUGAGCUGCAUUUGCAUUGAAGCUUCUGUUCUUGCGUUUACGUGAGCCUGCAAGCGUAGCCGUGUCGGUACAUGAGUGUAGUCCAGCAGCCAUGUGUGCUUAUUUUAAGGGUGUUGACGGUUUUCCAUUGAAAGCUCACGGCAGCUCAAAGAGGAGCGUAAAAUUGGCAAGUGAGGGGGAGUAAGCAAGCUGAGGCCUUUGCCACCUCACAGCUCACUGGCUGAAGAUGUCUGGAUUUAUUCUGGGAAUGCUACAUUUGAGAGAAAUAAGUGGGAAGGCAGUUCCUCUGUGCUCGAAGUCUGAAUACCCUCCAGUGGUGUCAGUCUCAGCGAUGCAGAGAAACAAGGAGAGUCGGGGUUAGGGAGUUGUAGUGUACUGUAGUGUUUUUUACUUGUAUGUCACUGUACGUUCAAGAUGUACUGUACAGGUGGGUGGGUAAUGUUUGAAGAAAGAUAAGAGAGGAUUUUAUAACUUUUUCCCAUUUAAAAAUAAACUUUGUCAUAGAAAAGCUUCUGGUUGUGUCACAGACCAUGCUUGUUUGUCACGAGACACAUUUAACACCUGAACAUACAAGAGGUGUCCUAUGGGAACUCUUCUGCCAGGAUCAGACAUUGAUAUGGGAGAUGCGUAUUCCCUCAUGGUCCUUUCUGCCUCCCAGACACCGAACACCAGACAGUCAGGACAGAAGAAGCUCAUGCAAGCUGACAGGCAUGCAGACUGACACCGAGACACAUGGAUGUGCGGGCAAGUUGCUGGGCAGACAGAGGGACAAGUUGGAGAGGACAGAGGAAGCAGAAAGACAGAAAGAGAGGAAAGACAGCAGGGCACUUGGGGUGUCAUGCUGCCGCCAAACAGAUCAGGCAAUCAGCUCCUAACUCAAAGAGAAAAGGAGAUCAGGUUAUAGUCCUCUCAGUAAAAGCUGACUUGGUGAUUUGCAGGUCAAAAGGUUGUAUAAUAUUCAUUUUUUUUAUCAGCUUCUAUGCUCUGUAUCAGUGUGAUGAACCUUUUUUUUUUUUUUGAAAGAAUUGAUCCCUAGAUCCAUGAUUUGGCAAAAGUUGCAGCUAAAACUGUCCUUUUUUAUAGGCAGAAACCUCGAGCAGGACCAGACUGAGCUGCCAUCAGACUGUCAAGACUGACAGUCAAGCUGUAGAGAGAAAGAGAGCGAUAAAAAGUCUUACAAGAGAAAGAGAGAGAUAAAAAGUCUUACAGAUAGAGAUUCACCGACAUCAACAAUAACAACAGGUGGAGCCGUUUAUUAGGGGUGGGAGAAAAAAUCGAUUCACAUAAGUAUCGCGUUUUUUUGUUUUACAAAUUUUAAAUCAAUUUUUGUGUUCAAAAAUCUUUUUUUUUUUUUUUUUAUUUAAGAAUAAAUCUAAAAAACUGACUUAAAUGUGAUGUGUAUUUUUGGGGAAAUAUGGUUCCUUGAAUAGUCAGUAGACAAUCAUAAUCAUUCAACUGUUUCACUGGUGUUAAAAAUCCAGACUAAAAAUUGAGAAAAUCGACAGUAUCAUAGAAUUGCAAUUUAAAUUUUGCAUCCAAAAAAAUCGUAGAAGAAUCAAAUCGGGAGAAAAGCGUAUCGUUGCAGCCCUACUUUUCAUUUAUUUAUUUACAUAUUAACCACGGAAAAAAUCUCAUCAGGAUGUACAAAAUAAACAAGUUAAUUUUGAUAAUACAACAAAAUCUGAUACUUUGAUGAUAAUAGGUAGCUGCAUUUCAAAAUAUGAGUUUUGUCAUUAUAUGUUGUAAAAGCAACCAAUAUAAUCUGCUCACUCUACUAACUCGAAGCUAGACUUGUCCUGUUUGAAUUUAUACAUCAAUUUGUCUUUUGAACUGUGACUGAGAAUCAAAGACUUGAUUAUUAACUGUAAUGUUUAGCACAGUUCAUAUGUCAAAUGCAGAAGCAAUGACGACUCCAUUAUUAAACCAGCUUUCAGGCCCCAGCCUUUAAAUUAAUGUGAGUCAUUGUUUUCUUUGUCACUUUUCUGUUUUUCAUAACCUGUCGGUGCAGUCACCUUGUCUCUAAGACGUGUAUUUUAGUUCAGGAAAAGAAAUCCUUGUAAUGUAUUAAUUUAUUGAUCACAAUUGACUUCUGGUAUAUAAAGCAGUUGUAGAAAAAUAUCUUGGCCCUUCAGUCAGACAAAAAGUAAGCGUUUAUACCAGCAGGAGGUCAAAGGUGAUCUUAUUCAGUUGUUUUAAAGGUCUCUCUUCUCCCUUUCUUGUGAACAGCAGACAGCUCUACAGCCCACAUGCUCUGCUGCAUUUGGAGAUGCUUUGCGUUCAUUGUUGAUUCUUCCUCGUGGGCGUCCAUAGGGGAGUCCUAUCAUAGCUGAUUUGAAGACUGAAUAACGCUUAGCCCAGCUUUUCUUUUUUCAAAAGUGACGUCUUCACUUUUUACUUUAGAGACACACUACAAUAUGUUAUGCACUCUGAAGUGAAAUAAGUACAGAGAUGGUUUAAGGAGGAGGCAGUCCAAAAAAAAAAAAGUAUUUUUCUAGUUUUUCUUCCGUGGUGGUCUCUGUUACACACAAACUGUUUGUGCUAUGCUAAGACAAAUGUGCUCGCCUUGUUGGAAAAAAACACAUCCAUUGAUUUUAGUGAUUGGCCACUUCACACCCACAGACCCCAUCUGUUUGAACCCGUGCAAUCAGUGCUGGUAAGGAAAGGCUUUUUCUAUUCCUGAACUGCAGCCAUUUUUCCAUUGAUUGCUCAUGUUUGAUAACGAGAGAAAAGCAGCAUUUACAGUUCACUCGAGGGAUGUGUUGUUUUUCCUUCCCACACAUUACGUCAUGGCCGGUCCAAACCUCACCAGGUUUUUGACAUCUGUGGCAGCAGCAGAUGUUGCUGUCCUUUGACUGUCUUUGUAACAGCUGAGUGCUGCUGCAAAAAGGUCACCAUGGAGAUGGAUGGCAGGCUAACGAUACUUAACACACAGACCAUGAAAUAAUGCUGGCAAGAUGUUUGCUGUUAACCCGCAGGUUUGUGGUUCUGAUUAAUAUUCACUGGAAUCACAAAGUAUCUCAUCUGUGUAUUCUCUUGAUAUCAUACAAUAUGGUACAAUGCAAUGCAGCAUACAGUAUAUGUAUAUAUGUGUGUGUGUGUGUGUGUGUGUGUGUGUGUGUGUGUGUGUGUGUGUGUGUGUGUGUGUGUGUGUGUGUGUGCGCGCGCCUAUAACUGUCUCUCCAAAAAAUAUAUAUAUUUGAUACAAUACCGUAUAUAUGAUGUGAUGUGAUGGAAGGAAAUGGCACUUUAAAUGAUACUAUAUGAUACAAUACGUUCCGAUACGAUACAUUGCGAUACAAUACAUAAUGAUACGUUGCGAUACAAUGCGUUGCGAUACGUUGUGAUACGAUACAUUGUGAUACGAUACAUUGUGAUACGAUACGUUGUGAUACGAUACGUUGUGAUACAAUGUAUUAUAAUACCAUACGAUACGUUGCGUUACAAUACAUUAUGAUACAAUGAGAUAUGUUGCAAUACGAUAUGUUGCGAUAGGAUACGUUGCGAUACGAUACAUUAUGAUACGUUGCGAUACAAUACAUUAUGAUACGUUGUGAUACGAUACAUUAUGAUACGUUGCGAUACGAUACAUUAUGAUACGUUUUGAUACAAUAUGUUGUGAUACAAUAUGUUGCGGUGCAACACAUUAUAAUACGAUGCGGUACGAUAGGUUGCAAUACAAAACAUCAUGAUACGAUGCGAUACGAUGAUACGUUGCGAUAUGAUACAUUGCAAUACAAUACAUUAUGAUACGUUGCGACACGAUAUGAUACAUUACGAUAUGAUAUGUUGCAAUACGAUAGGUUGUGAUAGGAUACAUUUUGAUAUGAUACUGUGUGAUACAAUAUGGUAUGACACUGUGCCGUGCUAUACUUCAUUAUGAAAUACAAUAUGCUCCCAUAUGAUACAAUGCAGCACAACUUAGACCAAUUAAAUAUGGUAUAGUGCAAUAUGGUACAAUGAAAUACGAUGAGCUACAAUGUGGUGCAACACUUCACUAUAUGCUAUAACACAAUGCAAAACAUUAUGAUGGGAUACAAUAUGAAAUGCCCCAUUAUGCUUUUUGCCUCAAAAGGUCGGUGUAUGAAAAAUUAGUAGAAGCACAAACACAAUUUUCCUCAUUAUUAAGAGAGUGAUGUGAAGUCUGGAGGCAGAUGUGAGCUGGCACAAACAUAUGUGGGCUAUGAAUGAACAGCACUGGGGUUUUCAAUGUCUCUGCUGUCAGAGUGUUCUAUAAUGAGUCAAUUUAUUAAAUAAAGCACAGUGUGGGCUAUAUUUGGCAGAGAUCACUGAGGUAAUAACCUUGCUUGAGGUCUUUUUACCCAAGCAAAAAUGUUUCAUUUUUGUCAGCAGGAGUUAACUUUCAAAUUGAAAGUAAAAUGAAACCUGUGGAGCACAAACCGUGCCGUCGCUCAGUGUCAUGUCCAGGCAUGAACAAUAGCAUCCAAAACGAACACUGUGCUGCUGAUUCAAGACUACGGGAAUGGUUUAAGUGGGCCUGAAAAGUAAUUAGAGGUGGAAUUGUUUUUGGUUUCAAACAAGCUUCUCUGAACUAAUGGACCAUUAUAAUCUCACCUGCCUUUGUUUGAAAAAUUCAUAGUUUACCGCUUUGUGAAAGAACUGAUCCACAAAAUGUCUGAUAAAGCUUAAGUGACAUUUUAUUAUGUUAUUAGAUAGGAAGCAGAAUAAUGCCAUAACACCAUGCCCUUUGAGAUCAUGGCGUUAUCCUGCCGACAGUGCCAUGUUCUCAAAGGGCAAAACAAAUAUUUGAAUUUGCAUCUGUUUGUCUUUUAAAUAGGGUAAAUUCUCCCGCCAUUAGGUGUAUGAGAUUGUAUGUGAUAUGUGUAAACUUUAUGCUUUAGAGUCCAGGUAAAAAAGUGAACCAGAACCUGUUGUAUGAGAUUUUUAUUUGAACAUCUUCACUGUUUGGUGUGAUUUCGGGGGUGUAUUGUGAGUGUCGGUUAAUGUGCCACUGUGUGUGGAGGUGUGUGACUGUACUUGAAUACAUAUUGGUUCGGUGUGAGAGUGUGUGUGGGUGCAUAAAUGUUUGCCGAGAUCCUUGCUUCAGGCAGAGCUGGCUAACGGAAGAAGAAUUCAUGCUGCAGAAUCGAGUUGCACUUUGCAGGACGCCAGCUAUGCUGCAGCUCCAGGGACCCUGGCUCUGUGUCUCCGGACCGGCAGGCCCCUGAGCUGCUGCUGAGCUCUGCAGCUGCAUGCAUGUGUGCUGCUCCUGCUCACCGCAAUCACACAUACGGAUAACCAUGGCCAAAGAGAGAGGGGUGAGGGACAAAAAGCAGCGUAAUCAUCAGUGAUGGUGUGGGAGAGCGAUGUGUGUGGUGGCUAAAUAAUAAAUGUGGCAUAUCGGGUUUUGUGUGAAGCCAGGACUGAAGCACGUUCCUGCGGUGGAGCUGAGGGGAGAAGGGAGGUUGCAGAGAUUUCACACAUAGGAGUCACAUAGGGAUACAUACUGAAAUAGAAGUGUAUCUGUUGUUUGACGUCAAACUGACAACAUUUUCUGUACCAAAUCAAGAACCAACGCCAUAAAAGAUGUAGGAACAGCUGAUUUUCUCUAAAUGCAGACACUUAAUUCGCAAUAAAAGUGUUUCCUUUGAAAAUACCAAAAGAGUCAGCUUUCUAAAACCAGAUAAAAUAGUGUUUUAGAUUUUUAAGUAGGAAUAAGUCAUUUCUAAUUAUGAGAUAUUAGCUAAAAUACACGGCAUAAAAAUGUAGAUAUUGUAUUUUCAAGAAAACCUAUUGUUGACUGUAGUUUUCCCCUUAAAACAACAACACGCAAAGUCUCCAAACCAGGGGCAAUUUUAAGACGAAACUGUGAAGAGGAUCAGCUCCCAAGGAGAUUGUGAUUUGAAGAGUUCAAUCCUAACACUUUACCAAUAAUUUCAAUAACAAACAAGGCAUAUUUCUCUACAGUUGGAACUUCUUUUUCUAAUGGUAACACUCAAUAAUCUGAUUUUUACACCACAGAUUGAUGAUAAUGAAAGAUAAAGAUGGUCCUGUUCGAGCCACUUAAACAGUGUUGUGCUGAGUAAAAGAGUCUACAGCUAAAUAUUGUCUUACCAAAAUAACAUACCUUUUUAUGUUUUGACCUGAGUUUUUCUGAGAGGAGUUGUCUUCUCACAUCUCAUUUAGUUUGGUGUUCAGAUACCUACUGUACUGUAUAACCUUUGCUGUUUUGGGCUUCAAAUUGUCAGUCCAUUAACUUACUGUUUUAAGGCUCAUCCACUUUGGGCGCUUCUUCUCAAUAUUGAACAACCAUGGACUUAACCACCUGAAUAAGGGAAGGCUUUUGCUGUUUCGUAAAUAUAUAAUUUGGGAUAUUUUCAUGUUUUAGCGGUAUGCUGUGCUACUAGACACUUUGAUAAAACCACUCUCUGUGGCCAAUGUGUGUCUGUCUGUGCAUGGAUGAGAGGAGGGGCGGGUAUACGCCUGUUUUUGUGCGUUUGAGGGGUGUUAAUGACAUUUAAAAUCUCAACACCUUCUUUUAUUCUGCCUUUCUUUCAUAUUCACAUCCAGAAUCCUUUUUAAAACUAAGAAAAGUGACAAAGUAAUUUGUUUCAUUCUGAAGUAAACUGAAUCUCCUGUUAAUUGAAAUGAUGCUCCUUAACAACACAUUGAAAAGUGCUUUUGCCAAACAGUUGGAGCCACUUUCUGAAAAAAAUCACUACUUCCAUAGACCUCUGAUCUAUUUAAUUUCUUUUCUGCAGUCCAUUUUAGUUUAUAUGGGACUCUCUGAUUGUCUAUUUGAAGAACAUUAACACCGAGCUGCUAAAAUUGCUUGGCAUUCAAGGGCUCUUUAAAUUUGAGAAUUUUGUGAUGCUGUGAAACCUUGCCAUUUGAAUUAAGUGUUUUGAUUUGGAAAACUGGUCAGAUAAAACAGGCUUUUUCAUAACUUGGUUCUAAAAAAUGUUUUUUUCCCCCAUUUCACAAGAAACCCCCAAAAACAUCUCCGGGACAAAUGACAAUCACAGUUUAGCUUCAAUAAGAAAAGGCGAUACUGUCUUUACAUUCACUUUUUUUUUUUCUAACACUGAAAAAAAGUGCUAUUUUUCAUUAACAACACCUACCUUCUCUUCUCCCUCCCUUCCCCUCCCCUCCCCUCCUUCUUGUCGCCUGUUUCUCCAAGAAGGUGAUGCUUCCUACAGGAGCGGCGUUUCGGUGGUUCCAGUAGGACUCCUCCUCCUCCUCCACCCCCUACCCAAAGCUCUGCCAUCAAGUGCAAUGCCAACUCCUGGAUUGUCUCCGGAAUAGAAACUGGCUAAAAAAACAAACAAGCAACAAAUAAAAUAAUAGAAUUAAAAAACAAAAAAAACAAUAAAAAAACAACGGAAAAAAAAACAAUCGGGUAAUGGAUGCACCUACUUAUUCCUUGAACCAAAAAUGAAGCGUAAAGAAAAGCAUCUAUGGCAAUUUUCAUUCCCUUUUCUAUGUUUCCAUUUUGGUACCUUUUGUCCUUUUUCCAGCAGGUUUUUUUUCUGUCGCUUCAACAUGGAACUGUUCAUUGCCAGAAACAGAAAUGACAGACUGAGUGUGGACAAUCAACUAAUUUCUGUGUUUGGUGUUAAUGUUGUUCAUGUGUGGAAAGAUACAGUACUUGUGUAGAGAAUGUAAAUUUACAGCUAUAUUUCAAAACUAGUGGCUAAUGGCAAACAUUAUUGUAAUUCUUCACCAUUAUGUUACGUAAACCCUCGUCUAUUUUAAGAUUCAUGUUGAGUUUUCAGACGGAUCAGUGGUCGUCUUUCAAAAACGGAGAAAAGUCCUAAACUGUGACACUGUAGAUUUUGGAUUCAAACAUACUGAUCGUACUCAUGCAGCGGCCAUUUUCCUCUGAUGUUAUGCUAAAGGUGGGAGGUUUGGGCACUGUUUGGCCACACUGUUGUGUUAAAGGUUGUAAGUUGUAUAAACUAUAAGGCCUGCGUUCAACUCCCACCAGCAGCCCUUUACUACAUGUUAUUCCAGACCGUCCCCCUGAUCCUGGUUUCAGCCACUUUACCAUCCUCCAGAUAGAUGUGUUUUUUUCUUUAACAUAGAGCUGGUUUAGUUGAAAUCAUAACAGACUUACUCAUGACUCCUAAUAGACCUACAUUGGUUUGAAAUUACAGCAACUAACAACUCCCUUACAAUGAGCUACAGUCAGAAAAGAGCCAAUGUUAACAUCUAUUUACUGUCCAAAAUCUGAUUUUACCAUUUGACUGUUGUAUUUCAAUGGGAAAUGCGUGGAUUUAUAGCUCAUGUAAUGUUGGAACAAAAUUAAUUUCUUGCACUUUAAGUUUAUGUCAUGAUAGCCACAACAUUACAGCGGCUAUCGGGCCUCUCAGACUGAUGCCACAGGAAAAUGGCUGCUGUAUGAUUAUGUCAAAAGAGGCAAACUUCCAAGGGGUUGAAGAAACAGUUCGCCAGAGCCGUCACUACUGUAAACUCCUCAAUCAGCCCUGCUCUGCAUCUCCAAACUUUCCCUCUAGUGAGACUGGCAACCUCAUGCUACUGUGGCCCUACUGAGCAUGUGCCAAUACAGCUCAGGGUGACAGCGUUGAGAGACAGCACUUGCUCUGAGUCUACCCUACUGAACGCACUGAGACAAGAUUACAUGUUUUUAUUUGUAUUUGUUUGUUUUAUUUGUUAUAUUUCAUGAUUUUUGUUAUGUUGCUGGAUAGCUACAGCUUUUGAAAAUAACCAAUCUUUGUAUUUGUUUAGAAAAUUGGACUGGUUUUGUGAAUAAAAAGGAAUGCAUGUAUUCGUGUCAAAUUUUACAAUCCUGCUGUUUGUCUACUCGUCUAUUUGCAUGUUUCUUUUGACAAAAACAGCUGGUUUUGACUUGAAGAAACAUUGAGUAUAAACCUUAAAACAACUAAAAAAAACAUGUUUCUUUUGUGAUAUUAAUGGUGUAGGAGAAGUCAAAUAUUCUGACAUGAGCAGAAGUUAAAAGUGAACCAGGUGAUCCUUGACUAAAACAUUUCUCUCUCUACCUCCGUGGUGUCAAAAAGACUGAAAAUGUUUGAGUGAAAACUUCUUUUGUUUGCAGUGGUCUUUCAUCAAAAAUCCUAAAUGUCAUUAUUUCUCUUAGAUCUCCGAAGCAUUAGUGGACUCCAGUCAAAAACAGAAAAUCAUUUCUACAACAAAGUCUGAUUACCAAAGGUAUCACUUUGUCAUCACAUGAGUUAUUCUGGCUGUCUUUAGGGCUGGAUACGAUUGAUUUAAAUUUGCAAUUGAUAUUUCUGUUUAUUUAUCUUUAUACUCAUUACAUUCAUUUAUUUAUACAUUUACAGAAGUAAAUUAACAUUUGGAAAAACAAUGACUAAAAUAACAAACCUUUUUCAAUGCUUUAAUGAAGAACUGAGUGUUGGCUGAUUAAACUUUCACAAUUUUUCAAGUCAGUACUAAAACUCCUUGUUAGGUAAACAAGUUAUCAAUGUUUUUAUUAUUUUAUAGGCCUGAAAAUGCUGGCUGUGUGUUGUGUCUAAGCCUCCAGCCUGCAUAGUUAUGGUAAAUAACUUUUGCCACAUUGCUAUGAUGCUCUACCACCUGGAUGUAAACAAGUACCACCUUGAAGCGUGGCACCAUUUGGUAGUAUUUUGUCUAGAAAACAGCAGUGAAGUUGCAUGUUGGCUGUGUCUUGUGUCUCAUGUGGAUGUUAAACGUGAGGAGGACCACAGGCUGAAGAGUCUUAUUAAAGUUUGACUUUAUUACCUCCGCCAAGGAGGUUUUGUUUUAGGUAGCGUUGGUUUGUUUGUUUGUUUGUUUGUUACUUUCUCCGUAAAGUUGCUAACAGACAGACGGAUUGACCUGAAAUUUUCACCAGAGGUGCGUCUCAGCCCCAGGAGGAUCCCAUUAAAUGUUGGUGGUGAUCCGGACAAAAUUCUGGAUACUGUGAUCCAGAACACACCAAAAAUAAGGGUGUCGUUGGAAUUUUCAAUGCUGAAAGAUAAGCAAUGGGCGGCACAGUGGUGUAGAUAGGCAGCACAGUGGUGUAGUGGUUAGCACUGUUGCCUCACAACCUGAUGGUCCUGGGUUCGAAUGCUGGUCAGGGCAUUUCUUGUUUGAGGGGGGACACGAGCUGCUUGGCGGAGGUCUGCGCUCUCCGAGUGCUUUCUAGUUUUGAUUGUUUUCUUAUCUAGACUAGCUUGUCAGUUGCGAUUUAUAUAUUUUUUUAAACAACAAGGAAAUUAGUCACUUCAGACAGACCCUAAGAUCUCAAUACCCAUCUAAUAAUUUCAUCAGUCUUCCUGUCUGUAAGUAUGUUUUGUAUCCACUGAAGAAGAGUGGGCGUCCAGAGGAAGACAUGGAAGAAUUGCUAAUUAAAAAAACCAAAAUGUGGACAAUCUCACAUGGGCCCUGGUAUAAUUACAGAUUCUAAUGCCUCAGGUCUGUGACAUAGGAGUGAAUUUCUAUUUCCUGCUUCCUUCUCAGUUUUUUUUCCUCAGCUCCACAGUCACUCUUUAUUUGGGGGUGUGGGGUUGGGGGGCAGAGAUACUGAUUUCUGCUGCAGCCGUAACACCGAGUGUUUCUAAUUAGUGAGAGGAAGGCCCAGUAUGGUGGGCUUGUGUACCAGCUCGUGAUCAGCUUGGAGAGUGUUGCUAAAACCCCCCCACUCCCCCCUUCCACCGGUGACACUGCUGGGCUUGUGCCAUCGCCAUGGAGAUGGGGGAGUGUGUAUGUGUGUUGUGUGUGUGUGUGUGUGUGUGUGUGUGUGUGGUGGUGGUGGGGGGCUGUUGGUGGCUGAGGCCUUUCAUUAUUAAUGUGCACCGCGGCGUCCUUACCUCCUCUGAGCCUGCACAGCUCACUGCCUGACCUGCCAUCCAAGGGAGGGGGGAGGGGGGAGAUAAAGAAAGAGAAGUGAGCCAGAGAGAGAGAAAGAGAGAGAGAGGGGCUGGUGUCGUGUAGAAGCAUAAAGUAGGAAUCCAUCCAUGUGCUUUUGUUUUGAAUCCACACCUGAGAUGUAAACAUUGUCAGGUUAAUGUGUGGAGUUUCAGCUGUGGUGGUUGGGGGUGGGGGGUUGGUGGUGUGGGUGUUGGGUGUGGUUGCAGGUGUCUCAGGCUCCUGUCUGCCGGAGGAGGUUGGAGGAGGGGGGGGUCAGGUGGUGGUUGUGGUGUUGGUUGUCUUCCUGCAGAGGGGUGUACGGCUUGGUGAGCAGGGCCUGUCACACUGGGAAAAUCCUGGAAUCUUAUCACCGCCUCACAGACACUGAGCAGCACUGAUCUACUCACCCUCACUGCCAGCAGACAUGCCCUUCCCCCCACCCAAAUGCCCCUGCAUGGGCUGGCCCCCUCUCGGCCCACUUGCCACCUUCUUCCUCCAGCAGGGAGAUAGCAGGAACUGAUGUGGCGUGAGUGUUGAGGAGGGGAGGAAUGCUGCUUGUAAAAUGUGAAGAAAAGGGAGAAAAACACAGGAAGUGCGAGAGAGAAGACAACCGGGGCGCUGAAGACUUAAAGGUGACCACUGUUUCACUUUAAAAGUUGUUUUUUUUAAACCUUUAAAUAACCACAACAUUGUCAAAAAACUUGAACUAUAAAGCCAACUCUACUUUUGAGUGCCCCAUUCAUAAUAACAUCACAUAAUUUGAUUUUCUGAGUAUUAGAUUAGAUGUAGUUAUUUGUAAAUGCCUCACCUGUUGUGGGUCCUGCGUUACAAAAUAGUCUGUUAAAGUACUCAGAUUACUUGUUAUGUUACCUCUGCGGUUCAAGUAAUCUGUUACAUGGUUACUUUUUCACUAAAACAAUCCAUUAUUUAAGAAAAAAAGUUAAAUUUUCCAUUAUAAAAAGAAAAUCUCAGGAGGGUUUACUCUAACUGCGUCUCUUUUCUUGACAGCACUGUAGCAGUGUACCAGUGGAAGGUAAACCUACAGCUGUUCACACGCACAGCGAGCUCAUUCAGCUGGUGCUCGAGUGAGGACAUUAAUUUAAGUUUACGGAUGAACGGGUGAAGGACAAAGUUAAAGUUUGAAUGUCUCUGUCCCACCACUUGCUGGACGAGAAAAUUUCAAUAAAAGUCACAUGACGCAUGUAUGUAUUUUUGGUGUAAUUGUUUUUGAUGUUUUUUUUUAUUAUUAUUAAAAUAGAUAACUUAUUGUAUUUGAAAAAAUGUUAAAACUCAAAGAUGGACUUCAGUUUAUCAGUUUGUCUCUUUCAAGAAAACGCCAAGGUAUUGGUUGCUGUGUGGCGAAGGUCGCUGUAUUGAAAUGUUUACAUCCUUUAAUCUCUCUCCUCCUCUCAUUAUAUCAUAUCAUCAAAACUCAGUAUUUAUUUGUUGUAAACUUGAAACAUGUAACUGUACAAAUUAAUAUGGACAAGGCUUUUUAUGAUAAGAUGAGAAGAACUUUAUUGAAAACAUUCAAUAAAUUUCCAAAUUCAAUUAAAAAAAAAAUCAAUUUAAGAGUACAUUACAUGUCUGAAGUCUGGCUAGAGAGAUUUGUUUUUAGUUUGUAUUCAACGACAUUCAUUACACAAAUUACACAAAUUAAACUCACACAGGUUUGUUUUUAUGUUACUUGGUAGACUGAGAUGUCUAUGUCUUGUAAUGCUCUCUCUCACUAAUACUAAUUUGCUGUCGCAGGAUUAUUCACACUCCUCCGCUCCUUUUGAAGCUCAGACUCAGCAGAUAUCCUCACUGCAAAAACUCAGACCUAAGCAAGUGUUUUUGUCAUACUAUUAGUAAAAAAAUAUAUCGUUAAACUUAUUAUAAGCCGUAAUGACCUGCCAGACAAGCCCAGAUAUUUCCAAUAGAAAUUUCCUUGUUCUAAGUUUCUUGAAGUAAAACUAAUCUGCAAGUAAAUCAGCAGAUUUUCUUUCUUGCUUGGAAGGUCAAUGUUUUUUAACCUUAAAUGAGACCGAACUCUGACUUAGUGCUGAGUUUUUGUAGAGCAAUGCAAAUUUGCAAAUCUUCCUGAGAUUAAUUGUGUAAUUACUGAUUAAAGUAUCUCAUUGCACUUAAUGUAAGCUACACUGGUCUGACAAGUCCAGAUAUUUAUCUCCUUGUGAAAUGUUACGAGCCAAAAAUUAAGACUUGAAAGAAGCAGCAAAGUCUGUCAAUGGAGCGAGAGAGAAAAAAAAAGAAUUAUGUCUUUUUAAAUAUGAGAAAAAAAAUUAUAACAGGAGGGAGAUUUUUUUAAUUUCCAUUUCAAGAUUGAAGUCUAAAUUUUGAGAUUAAAGUCAAAAUGUAAAAGUCGAAGUUCCAAGAUGAAAGUCGAAAUUUGGAGAAUAAAGUUGAAAUUUGGAGAUUAAACAUUUGACGUUAAAGUCGAAAUUUGGAGAUUACAAAAUAUGAAAUGUUGUGAGUAUUGUCGAAAUUUCGACAUUAAUCUUGAAAUCUCAACUUUUUUUUCAUUUAGACUUUUAAAAUUUUUGACUUUUAUCUCAAAAUUUUGACUUUAAUCUGGAAAUGAAAAUGAAAUAAUCUUCCUCCUGUUAUUAUUUUUUUCUCUUCUCAUGGCCCUUGUCCUGUUUUCUAUAUAUUCUCUGUAAAGAUACUUACAAAGAAAACUACAGACUACAUACACCCUAUUGAAAAAAAGAUACAAUUUAUAAAGUUAUGUUUCUAUUUUUAGUGUUUGUGUUUUUGGUCUCACAAAUUCAGUCAUACAAUUUUAACCUUAACUACUCCACAGAUGGGAUCAGAUGUGCUUCAGUGAGUAUUUUUGCUGAAACAACAUCACAAACAUGAGUCACUGACAAUCUGUGUUUAGUGGAGAGCUGUUCAUUUUUAGUAUUCUUAACUUUUGGUCUGAGCGUUAAAUAUAAACUGUAAAAAAAAAAAAAACUUGCUGCCUUUUCCUUUUAGAUUACUUCUUGUUCACACCUUAAAUGAGCUUAAAAAUCAACACUCCCUCAAACAGCUUCCCUUUAGACUGAUACAUUAAUAUUGUGUUAUGGCUUUGAAUGUUAAAAUACAUUUUCAGUUUCGAUAAUGGUUCACUGAAACAGAGAGCCAGAAUGAUCCUUAAUUUAGCCCUCAAAUUUUCUGGAAAAUGCGUUUUUAAGAUCAGAUUUGGUGGUCAUUUCUAACACGACACUUGUGCAUUACAUUUGCACAUUAAUGCCAGUCCUUUGUCUUAAAACUUAUUAGAACCAGAACUUGCGGUAAGAUUGUCGUACAUGAUAAAAAUUCACAAGUUAAAUAAAAGUCACAUCUGGCACACUUCCCUCAUCAUCAGUUUCUUGUAUUUGAAUACAUUAUUGAUAACCAGCGCGCUGUAGGGAUGUCUGAGGGCAUGUUCAUCAGAGAGAAAAUUACUGGGAAUCAGCACAAUUUACAAGUGACCUUGCUCAGGGGGACCUUCAUGCUUUUUUUUUUGUUCUUUUUAAGGUCUUUCACACACCUCGUGAAACACAUUUUAUACUCAGUUUCAACACCUGCUGCAACUGGAAUCCCUCACAGGUUUACAGCCAUCAUUUUUAAAGAAUAGUCUCACUGACAUUAACUAUAGAAAAGAGAAAAUAAGGUUAGUCAAGAUUAUUACAGGACAGAGGAAUAAAUCAAGAAGGCCAAGGUAGUAGAAUUGUAGUUUAAUUUUAGACGUUUAAUAAGCGGACCAUUACAAUCCUUACUUAUACAACUACAUUGAUGCUAAUUGAGUUUUAAAGCACAGUAGGUAUAUUUAGGCGCAAUCACCUGACACAACUCCAAACAAAGUGCUUCGAGCAUCCUGAUGGGAAAGGCCAUUUGUGAAUGGAGCUAAAAUAACUUGCUUAAUAUGCAACUGUUUGUCUGCUCCGGCAGACUGAGAUGAAUUUCUACAGAGCACACUGCCAAGAUCUGCUCCAGCCUUGGACUACAAAAAAACCAUGGAGUCAGAGUCUGCACUAAAACUAAAUAAAUCUCAAUGAAUCAUUUUCAACAUUUCAGGACAACAUUUUCUUGUACCGCUCCCUGCAAACAGACGCAAGGCCUGGAAAAGCAAACACGAAUCUUAGGUAUAAAGUUAUUUCUCCGGUUCACGGAUUUGCUGUAAAUAGAUACGGCAGAAACGACCAAAGCGUAAUACAAAAUGAAAAUAUGACACAGAUGGUUCAAUUAAAAAGCUAAGAUAAAAACACACCAUGAACAAUUCACUCCUGCUCUAAAUCUUACACAAUAUAAAGACGUACGCACAUUUGAACAGACAUAAACAUGCAUACGCUUUCUCUCUAAAUCUCCUUUUCUCUUUCUCUAAUACACACACACACGCACACACACACAAACACACCCACGAGGACAUGUGGGAACAGAUUAAGUCCAAAUCAAUGGCUGUGGCUGGACUGGGAGAGAGAUUUCACCCAGGGUUCUCGUUAAGGUCUGACACAUGCGGCAAAGGCUGGAGGGAGUGUUAUUACCAGGGUGAUGGUUGAUAAGACACUCGUUUCUCCACGCUGCGUCCCGCGGGAAAAUGCAUCGUGCAGCCAUGGAAACCAUAAGGCUAGGUGUUAUGCUAUAAUUGGGCCAGCGUUUUGAAUGGUGCAGCUGCACUGCCAGGUACGCCGCUGUCUUCAAAUGAGAAAUUAGAGUGGAGCCGCAGCAGAGGAGAUGCCACUGAUUUUCAAGAGCAUUUUUUUUCCCUUCCUUUGUGGUUCUUUUUAAAUUGUUUGAUCAAAUCGAAUUACACAGAGAGAGUAGGACAAGUUUUACACAACAAAGUAAAGUGACAGCUGAAAAACAUCAACUUAUGACGAAUCUUUUGUGUGUUGUCAUUACAAAUUUGGGGAUAUUUAUGAUUGACAGCAAUUGGAGGUAGUUUUCUUCUAGUUUGGAUAGAAAAAAAAAUGCAUCAGGACACACGGCACAAGAUGGAGGAAGAAGACGAGGAAAAGGGAAGAAGAGGGGGAGGAGGGAGGAGAAGGAGAAGAAGGGAAAGAUAGUCGUUGGCCAAUCCCUGCUCAGUCUCUGUAACUUGGUUGAUUACGAUCAAUUUCCCUGGUAUCGAUGGCCUCCCUGGCCCUGAGCUACACUCCCUCCUGCUCUUUGCAUGGUACGUGCUUUGUGUACCAUGACAUGACUCACACUCAAACACACCAUCUCCAACCACAGGCACUCCCACCUGCAGUCCUGCGAUCCUGGCCUUGAGGAAUAUCAACAGCUGGGUAACUGUGUGUCAGAGGAGGGAUAUAAACUAGCUAUCAAAAAAACACCAACGUUUCCGCCUCAGUGUACUCAGAGUCAGGGUAAAACCUGUUUAAAUGCUGUAUAUUUCAACUGACUGCGAGUGCGGUUGGUGUAAAAAGUUGGGUGGUGUUACUGCGGCAGAGCAGGAGGAAGAAGGGAGGCUUUUUCUUUCCCUGUCAGGGCUGCUGAAGGAUUGAGCUCUCGCUGAAAAACUCCGAGAGACAAGGUGGAAAUGAUGAGAUGAAGUUUGGUCACGACGUGCUGGACUGAAAGCCCCUGAAUCUGUAUUUGUUCUGGGGAAUGCGAAACUGUCCUCCCUCCGGCAUGUGCGAGGGCGCAUCCCGCUCGCUCUAUCUCUGCACACUUGGCACGCUCUAUCCGAAUUAAUUGCAUCUCUGCGAGGGAGAGAGCGAGAUGGAUGGAGAGAGAGGGGGAGAGGUUUAGUCCUUCUGUUGGGCUGGUCUUGCUACAAGGGGAGUCAUUUAAAAUUCUGCCUCCCAUGUGGCUCCUGGUUUUCACUUUAAUGACCCCCCUCCUCUCCCCCUGCUUUUUACCCUGCGACUUUCGUGGGUUUGAGGCUGCAAGCUCGGCUUCCUACAGCUGCACGGUGCUGCUACACAUCUUACAAAUAAAUAAUGCUUGUUUAUUGACCGGCAUUAAGGCCAUUAGUUACAAAAAAAAACUAUGCGCACCCUCCGCCGCUCCCUGUAUGCCUUCUCCUUGCUUCUUCUUUGUCACCAGACAUCAACAAUCCAACUUUCUGCUGCCCGUUUUGCUCGCCAAUUACAGAAUGAGCACCAACGAUUCUCGGAGAAAAUGGCCGCUGCACCUGUUGUCAAGCUGAAGGAUCUUUGAAUUAGUCUCCGUGCUGGCCUGUGCUGUAAAAAAAAAAAAAAAAAAGUAAUCUCCCUUUUGUGUGGAAACGACGAUGAAAAGCUUUUGUUUUUCUUUGUUUACUGUGUGGACACGAAUGUCUGCUAAAGAAUAAUUCAUAAAGUCAGGAUCACAACACACAUAUUGACCUUUCCUGAUGACUUUAGAGGUGCAGCUCUAUGUAUGGAGGUGCCUGGGACUUUGUGGUUUGUGUAUGUUUGUGUAGCAGGAGCAGCUGAAGGCCCUGUGGACGGUUAACUGCCGCAGUGUUUACCGGCACAACAGCGAGGCUUCGGAAGAGGCACGAUAGGAAAUGGCCUCAGUGAGAUAAAGCUUUCUGCAUAGUUCUCUGCAGGGGUCUCCUGCACACACACACACACACACACACACACACACACACACACACACACACACGUAUCUCUAUGUGUGGUGGGGGGUAGAGUGGUGUGGGCUGUAGGACAGCGACGGCCCACAAGGUCAGAGUAGGCAGCGUAUAUGGUUGUUUUUCUCUGUUUUUUUUUUCCCUCUCUUUCUCAGCGGUGGAGCUGUGUGCAGCCUCCCCGGGUCUCUCCUCUAUCUGGUCAAUACCAGCACGCAGCUUCUGACGAUCAAUGGAGGGUCAAUACCUCUCAGACGCCUGCCUCUUUGUGCUCUCACUGAUUUAGCUACCACCUACCCUGGCCAUCUUUUUUUUUUUUUUUUUUUUACUUUUCUUUCUCCCUCCUUGUUUUUUUUAUGACCCUGGUUCUCACUUAAAUACACGAACGUGCUAAAAUUAAAGACACAGGAAUGAAAGCCAGCAGCAGAGCGCACGUUUUCUUCCCAACAGCAAAGACCUUCAUCGGGUAUUCAUGCGACCACGGUGACCUAUUGUCUUUCACCUUUUUUCAUUAGCUUAUAGUAAAACAAAAGUAAUGUUUUCUAGAAAUCAUGAAUCACCUAAUAUAUCACCUAAUCCCUGCUGCCUCGAUGAUAGCCAAAUUUUAAUGAGCAGUUCAGGAAGGCUUACAUGAUGAAUCAGCCAGACUCACCUGUAGAUGGGGCUAUGUUAAGUCUCAAAAGUCCACACUCUCAUAUAAUACAGCAUGGAGCAGUUCAUAAAGGACACUUAGUCAUGUGCACAAUCAGCUGACCCUUAAGCACAUGCUUCAAUCAGACUGACAAUAAGUCGUUCUGUUAAAGGCAGAGAGGCUCACACUCCUUCCUGCAGCACAUUCACACUGCUGCUGCCAAAGAUGAUGUUGAUAAUGGGUCGUGUUUCUGAAGCGCUACCUCUCCCUCUGUUUACACUACUACUGUUUUGACACAGGAGCAAUACCUUCUUAGCAUGUGGUGGUGGAUAUGACGUGAUUUUUUUUUUUAACCGGGUUUGUUUCUAUUAUGUCUCCGGGUAAAACCUUCAUACUUAUUUGAUGUUUGGUGUGACGUCUGUAAGCUGCGAAUUUAGGAUGCAACAGACACUGAGAGCUAGAUUAUCCUUUUUUUCCCCCCUCACUAUUGUCCUGCUCUUGAUGUAGUCCAUGAAUGAAACAUGUGUAAAAAUGAUCUUGCUGACGGACUGGGUCGACUGAUGUCACACCUUGUCUGUUAAAGUUAUGGCUACACACAGAAUGGAUGUUGUUCUGUCUAUUCUUCAUUGAGUCAUUGGUUAAAAGAAGCAUACUCUUCUAAUUUCUAACUGCUUAACUUUAACCAUAACCAGCUCUUUCAAGUUCACCCAUUACCUUUAGCUAACUCUCACUUUCUGCCAUAGUUGUUGUUGUUUGUCCCCAUCCAUCUCUCUCUUUUGUCCACACUUCCAACGAAUUCAGGAGUAAACGCUUUUUGACGUAUUGGUGUUUUAGCCACACGGAAAUGGCUGUUCGGGAGACUGUGAAUGAUACCUUUGAGAACGGGUCCCAGAGUGCUUAAAUCUGUGUGUGAUUACCAUUAUGUUGCCGUGUUGGGUGCCUAUUCGCGUCUCUCGAUUACAUCACGCACAGCGUAGCCCCCUCAGGCACGUGCCCUGGUCCAGCCAAAACAACAAUGGCUGACUACAGGGUUAUGUUCGUGCUGCAUCAUCAGUCUAUUAAAGCUACUCCCUUCUCUCAUGGGCAUUGAAUUGAUGCCAUCUUCCUUUUCUGGUGUCUUCUUCACAGACUGUUGAACUGUAUAUGGCACAAAACCUUUAUACACAUGCUCUAUUGCAUUUCUGGAGCAGCGUUACUUAGCACAACAUUGUUUUGAGUCACUUUCAGUGGUUUUCAUGUUUACGUAGAUAUUUAUAUUCCUUCUUUACAGAAAACUUUUUCAAAACAAAACAGCAAUAUAUCAUUUUCAUCUUUGUGUGGACUGGGUCUAAACCCAACGCAGUUUUUCCUUGCUACAGUAACUUGCAAAGCGCUUUUUUUGGCCCUGCAGUGAUUUUAAUCAAAACAUCACUUUGUAGCCAAACCAACUCAUGCAGAAAAUCCUCACCAAAAAGUGACUUAAACUCUUUUUUUGAUAGAAAUUGUUAAAAGAAACCAUUAGCACUCUUGGUGCAGCUGUUAUUCAACUAAUACUGUGACAUACCAAUGCUAGUGCAACAACUGUUUCUAUUUCAUGAUUGGUAAAAAAAAAAAAAAAAAGGUAAAACACUUAAAAAAGCUAAAACUAUGACAUUUUUCUGUAAAAACUUUCAACUAAAUAUAGAAAAAUCCUUCAAAUAAAGAGUGAUAUAAAUGAAAGUAUUACAACCUAACUGCAUCUUAUUCAAAGUUCAGUUUUUUCAUUACAUAUUCAAUAAAAUCAUAAUGCAUUGUAAGGAAAAAAAGACACAUUGAUUUUCCAACUCAAGCCAAACACAGUAGGCUAUGAAAACCCACAGUGCAAUUUGGCAUUGGUACACAGGAAACCCAAUAUUCUCUGCUAAGGCAAUCAAGAGGGAAUAAGCAAAAAAAUAAAUAAUUACCUGAAACAAAAAAACAAAACUGUGAUCUGACUACAUGCAGGCUCUUCCAUGAUAAUCUGGAAUGAAAGUUGAUGUCUUCAAGUACAAAAUAUAUCCAUUCAUAUUCAGAGUAUUAAAAACAAGACAAGUUUGGAUGAACAGGAUGGAGCUCUUUCAACCGUACUGACGUGUGAGGUUUAUUAAGGUGUGUUGGUGUGAGCUACUGUAUGUUAUGGUGAAUAUAUAAUUGUCAGAAUCAUUAACCUCUUUGAUACCAUCACACACACACACACACACACACACACACACACACACACACACACACACACACACACACACACACACACACACACACACUAUGGUGGUGUUGGCAAACCGGAUGACCAUGUACUGUUAAGUUUAUGAUGUUCAUGCCAAAAAUGACGACUGUGUAACAUCCCACCAUUAAUGUUGGAUGAGAAUUUGGCUAUUACUAGCUUGGGGGCUAACCUGAUAGAUGGUGGGUGUAGGACUACAAAUCUGCUUAAAUCAUAGAGUAAGGCUCAUUUUAGUCAAUUCUCUACUUCGGCACAUUUAUGUCUUUUAUUUCGCUGCAUAUUGAAUUAAUAAAAUUAAGUCUGACAACCUAUUCUUAUUAACAAGAUAUAUAGUGUGCUAAUUUUUUUGCAACCAAGGUCUUAGAGAUUAUUUUUGAGAAAUGAAACAAAAUGACUUAAAACAAGUUAAGGAAAGUGGCAGACGUUUUUGCUGAAUUAUUUUUGAAGCAAUCGCUUAAACGUCUACUUUUACGAUGGUCACAUCACAGCUAUUUACUCAGAUAUCACUGUGUCCAUGGUGUCGUAUUUUGCCUUUUUGACUGAAACUGAAGAUGACAAUCCAGAGAGACAUUCAGCCAAAUUUCUAGCCAUAUGAUGAUACUCGAAUAAUAAUGAGCUAACAUCCUUGAGCAGCCAGUGUAAGCAUUCAGCCACAUCCCCACUGAUGUUAGCUAUGGUGGGACUGGAUGCUAAUAUUAGCUGUUGUCUGGCAGAAAAUUACAGGUUGUCAUUUGAUUAAUAAUAACUGAACCGAUAAUUAAUAUCUCAGUUUACCUUCAAUAAUACAACUUAUGACCUGGAGCACAGCAACACAACUUCACACCAACGUCAGAUCUUCUCACACUAUUAAUGAUAUCGGAGAAAUAUGCUUUCUAACUCUAACGUUUAAAACUGAAACAUGCAGCUAACUCCUUCUCUUUCACCUUGGCAUCUUUCUCUUCUCAACCGCUGUCAAACACUGACCCAUAAAACCACCUCACUUAUUAUCACAUCAGACCCACUUAUCUCCUCCUCCUGACCUGCUCUCAACCUCACCUUUUCCACAGAUGCAGCAACUUUGCUCUCUCCUGGUAAAAUGCAGGUGUCAAACUGCAUGACUUCCUUGGGUUCAUUACUUGCUGAUGAAAGAAUCAGUUAAUGCAUCCAGUCACUCAGUAAGUCUUCUCAUAAAGGCUCUGCAUCAGCGUGAGCUAACUUACAGUUCACUAUCAUUAUGAAAGAAAGGAAAAUUUCCUAUAUGUGUAAGUAUUUGGAAAUGUCAGACUCAGACAGAGGAGCAAAACAAUCCUUUACCAUUACCAAUUCAAAUAUGCAUCUCAGGACUGGUCCUCCUCGGCACUAGAAGCAACAAAACCUGUAAUCAGUCUUCAUUUCAGUCAUACAAGAGAACAAAGACACACAGCAGCACCACCAAAUGGUAAGGAGCUUGACAAGGACAUCACUGAUUUCAUUGCUUUUGAUAACCAACCUCUAAACACGGUGGAAAAUCUGGACCUCUGCCAGGUAAUGAUGUAUUGGUAUCACGGCAAGUGAGACUGAAAUAUAAACAUGUCAGUCAUCGGCAAAAAACAAUAUUUGCAUCCCUUUAAAAAGCUGGUGUGAGGAACUUUUGGGUGAUGGCCCUCUUGGUGCCCCCUGUGGGCAAAGUCAAAAGUCAUAUUUCUUGUUCUGUAAGAGUAUUUUUCAAAAACCUCAUCCUGUUGUCUUUUAAAAAUGAAAUGUAGCACCUACUGUGAGUUUUACCAAGGGAAAUGUUUCCUCGGCCUGCCACCAAUCAUCUGGUCUGACACCUAUCCCCUCACAGCAGUUCCAGACUUCAAAAAUUAUGACAGAGGAAUUUUCAGCCGUGUUGCUGAUGAUCUCAUUUGAUGUGAAGGUCACGGAGAGGCAUCAGUAUCAGUUCCAGCCUGUUUCUCAAGCACUUAAAAACUCCUCACAGUGCCUUUAAAAAAUGGGCAUGGCCUUGUGUUUCUUUCCAUCACUUGCAGCCAAAAAAUUUCUAGUUAUUUUUGUUUGUUGAUCUUGACCAGCUGUCAUGUUCUACAAAUAAAAUGCUGAAGAGAGUCUUUUAUUCGAAAUGUAAAAAGUCAGACAAAAAGUUGUUGUGUCACAGUCACAAAACAAAAUGGUUCAUUUCACUCAAACACAAAACUAUGAAUAUUGGAAUUACAGAAAAAAAAGGUUUUAAAUGUCCCCUAUUGUGGCAUUUUUCAUCAAGUUUAAAUCAGUCCCAGAGGUCCCACAAUAGUAAGUUUGAAGUUUGUUGUCUAAAACACCAGCCAGUCUGUACCCUCCUCUUUUUGAGCUUGACUGAGAACUGGCUGAUUCUGCGUCUAUACCUUUAAAUGAUAAUGAGCUGUGUGUAACCACGCCCCUCUCUGGAAGAGGCUGUGGCUUUUGCUCCGAUACCAUGCGCUAAUGUUUACAGCCUGUGUAGUGUGAUGGCUCAUAGAAGCGCUGUGGUUCAGCCCAACCAAUUUGACCCAGAGUCUGACCCAAAGGGCGAGGCUCCCAAAGAAAGUCAAACUUCAAACUCUGCAGCUGCAACAGGAUGUUUCUGAAUGGCUGGUUACAAAUAUUAUGUGUCUUUAUAUUUGUGUUUUUACUCAGUGUGUUAUGUUUCACUGCUAGGUGGGUUAGCUCCUCUGACGUCUAUCUCCAUUUCUGAAUGGUUGGUUACAAAUAUGUGUCUUUAUAGUUGUCUUUUUUCUUUGUAAAUGUGUUAUGUUACAUUGCUAGGUAGGUUAGCUUAUCUGUUAGCUAUGGUGCCGCUGUCUCGUUGUUACUUAGAGUUCUUUCGGUGAAUACCCAAUGCGGUUAUGUUGUCAUAACCGCACAGCUUCUCCAUUCGCCCAUUUGCGCUCACAAAGGUGGAUUUUUCAUAAUAGGGGACCUUUAAACAUGUUUUAAAUGGUCACAUUCAGUUACAUUAACUUGACCAAAUGAAUAAAUUUAGGUUUCCAAGAAAACCCUGAACUCUGUGCAAAAGGCCUGUAUCAGAAUCAUGUACCUAGGAGAAAGACAAGAAUCAGAAAAAAGUAAACAGAGAACAGAUCAUGAUUAACGAUAAAAAAUAAAGGUUAUUUUAAUACCUUUAAGACAGCCAAGUAUUGAAGAAUAAAACAAAGAGGGGACAUUCUGAUGUUGACUCUGUGUAUGGGUUUGAAUUUAGUUCAGCAUUUAAGAAACAGGUUUAAGUUUAAAAGCCUCCAUCACUCAUGAAUUUUGACCCCCGUGAGCCUCCUGCAGCAGUUGACUAACAUCCCCUCUCCUUAAAAUGACGGAUGAUUGGAGCGCCCCUAUGGAGCCCAGUGACUUUAUGGUAAUUGUCAUUACCGGGGUUGGAGUGCGUGCGUGACUGACGCCAUUAGAGAAAGUGCAAUUACAGUAGGCUUUGGUGACCUUGCUGACUAGUGGAGGUCAGGGCUUCUCAUUAGAGUGUGGUGGAAGGCAGCCCAGUGUCUCCACUGUGCCAAUCAAUAAGAGCGGAGCGUGGUCGGCGCUAAUCAUAGCUUUGACGCAGCCUCACGCCCUGCCGCCCCCCAUCACCACACAUCCCCACUAGCCUCCGUUCCACCUUUUAGCUCCCUUAUUACCAAAGCACCAGCACCUUGUUCACUCCUCUAGCACUGAAUGGCAGAAAGACUCAUGAGCGUAGGGGUGAGGGGAACAGAUAUAUGGACUUCACAGUGCCCUGAUGGAGGAAGAGGCCCUCGACUGACUUACAAUAAAAAUUUAAUAUUUGCUGAAUUUUUCUUUCUUUCAUAAAUCAUAUCUUUUGAAAGUAUAGUAAAAUCGUCUGUAACAACAAUCAUGGAGAAAAUGUGGAGCUGUUCUCUGAAGCCCCUCUCACCCCUAUUAAAUGCAUAAAUUGGUUCAUUCUGCCCUGCCAUAGGAUUCGUCUAACUGCAGUCAAAAGAGCCAAGUGACUGAUGCUGGGGGAAUACGUGUAAUUGUGCAUUCACAUCAUCCUGUGCCUUCCUGCUUGAAUGUACAGCUCCCCUUCGCAAAUGUUGUAUAUGCUUUGUUAAAAUAUUAUUUUAAAUAGUUUCUGUAGUGCUGUUUUUAUCCUUACAUCUUUAUCCAUUUAAAGCUACCGUGAGAAGUUUUCCUCUGGUCAUGAAAUUAACAGUAAUACCUCUUUGGCACCUUCAGAAGCAAACAAGACCAUUAUCAAGAAAUAAAAGUUUUUAUUUUGUAAUUCUGAAAGUCUGUAACCUUCACCGGGGGGUAGGUGUCAAGCUUAAUGACUUAAAAACAAGCUAAAAAAUCAGUACCACAGCAGGUUUUCACCAUGUGAUACCUCUUACUGUUAAAAAAGAGCAACAUGAUACUUUGACACAAACAGAAAGUUUCUCACAGUAGCUGUAAGGUUCAGUGACAGUCACAACACAGCUGUAAAAAGGCUUCUUUCCUUUUAUGUAUAUUUCUAUUUUCAUAAACUUAUUUAAUGCCUAUUCAGGAAGAGGAGUGACAGGAUGGUGUUUUCAUACUUUUAUAUCUUUAAAUCUUUCUCCUCAGCUUUCAUUUGAGAUUGUUAAAAAAAAAACUGUGUUAAACAAGUGAGACGUUUAAACUCAAUCAAGAUUUAAAACUACAGCAAACAAAUACACACUCAUUACAUUUCUGUGUGUGAUCUAGAUAUGCUUCAGCUAUAAAAAGCACAAUGACCUUAAAAGCGAGUGCUGUGUUGUUUUUGAUUAUAGAUGAGAUAUCUCUUUCUGACUCUGUAUUUACUGCCUUUCAUUCACUAAAAGCAUGCAGAGUCUGUAAAAGGCUCAACAUAGAUCCGGCACACACUACAGGACGUCUGUUGAAGGUGUCCACGCUACUGCGGCACUCAUUAUUUUUUCAUGUUGCUGUAACUCUACUGCUGCUACUGCUCAUGUGGCACUUCAAGAGCAACACCAACUCAGCAUCAUUAACUCUAAAGACCCAGUAUUUUAAAAGAUGAAGUUGCAACAGGAAGAACUUUUUAUGUUCUUUGUUUCUGAAAAAACACACUUUUCAAGUCAGUUCAUGCAUCAAGUCAGAACUGGUAAACACACUUGGUAUUUAUUUUUAAUAGAAAUGCAUCACUUUGUUUUUAGUUUGGAUCUUUGUGGGGGCUCCGACUUUCAGGCGGAAAAGGUCUUGAACCACUGGUCUAAAGCAAGAACUGCACCUGAGGUUACACCUUUUCACUUUCAUCAACAGGAGCAUGCUAGCUACUUUGCAGCUAGUUUGUUGCAGCGUUCCCUUAUUGACAGUUGUUUUCUCAGUUUGGCGUGAUCCAGAUUUUAAAAACCAAACAUUUAAAGGCAUGGUUGACGAUUGGAGAGAUCGGUAAUCAUUAUGAACCUCGUUUAUAUGGCGAUCAUGGUCCUAUAGUGCAUAAAAAAAGAAUAGAAAAAAUCCGUUCACCCUACCAGGUGCAGGGCUGCAAAAACAUUGACCAAUGGGAGCCAUCCAUCCCGGACAGCUCCUAUUGGUCCAUCUCCUGCUUUGUCUCUCCAUCCAAUCACCUCACUGUAUUCGACACACCCCUCUACCGUGUUUCUGACUUGUCACCUCCCACUCUCCCGACCCUCCUCUGAGCUCUGAGCGGCUAAAAGUAGCGUAGCAGCUUAGCUACAGGAGCUGUGAUGGAGAAGGAUGGAAAAAGAAACACUUAUGCUUGCCCCACCGCCAGAUGUGCUAAGAAAACGCAAGCCGACAGAAGAAAGGGCAGAGUCGAAGAGGAAAUGUGACCAUGUGAGGAAUCUAACUGGAAUAAACAUCGAUUCAUCCUUCGAGCGGUGGAGAAAGCUCUGCAAGGAUUUAGGCCUAAAAACAGACAUUGAGACAGCAGAGUUUUUGUCAAACAGGUAAUUUUUGCCCUUUAUCGAGGCACGUUACAUAAAUAACUCUUAUUAGUCUCUGCAGUCUCAACAAGGUAGCUGUCCAGGCUGCCGCUAGGCACUAGCAAUCCGUCAUGGUGAAUCCUAUUUGAAGCUAGCGUAGGAUCUUCUACUGGCCGGCUUCUUGCUCUGCCAGAGGGGGUGUGUCGUGGAGAGGGCGAUACAGGUUCGAGGGGGGGUUAUCGUGGAGCACAGAGGAGAGAGGUUUGUGUGUGCUUUUUUCAAAUCUGCCUCAACGGCUCAGUUUUUUCCAACUGCUUCUCAGAUCGUCAACCAUGCCUUUAAAGUUACUGGGAUGUCUUUUAUAAGUCUGCAGGCUGCUCACAUUUAGGUUCUAGUGAUCCUGUUGUUUGGGUUUAACAAAAAUUAGACUUCUAAUCGAAUAUUCUAAAGCUUAUAUGAACUGAGAGCAGUCAACUGGUUUCUGUUGAUAUGGACAAUAGUGUGAGGUUGAGAGGCUGAUUAAGUAACGCCAAAGCAACACAACAAUAUACAGAAUACGUCAAAGUCAUCAACUUUCCAGGAGCGGUUUUUACUCUACAUUUAUCCACCGGUCUUCUGCAGAGAUGUAUCAUUAAUAUGCUAAGGCAUC